AUGGAGAGCGUCCAAGUGAGAGGCUCAGUUUGGCUCCAUGUAUGUCAUAAGUAAGUGGAUGACCUUGGCUGAAUCUUAACCGAGGUUCAACCCUAAGAAACACACACUUCCAUGUCCUUCUCUAUCCCUUUGUGUGUGUGCAUGUCCGUUUGCCUCAUACACACACACACAAAACAGCCUUGCUCACACAUUCCUGUACACAGUUUUACAGCUGGAGACAGUAUACACUCCUCCACACUAUCACUUCCUCAAAAAAAGACAUUAAUAAGAGUCAGAGAGGCACAAAGACCGUUUGAAACGCCUGUACAAUCUUCCAUUUAAGAACUGAGUCAUUUCUAGCAUUUACCACACUCACGGAUAAAGUAUUUUCUGCAAGCUUGAAUUGUUACUUUAUAGUUAUUAUCUGAAGUAGGCUCUGUAAACCAGGCAUUCAAUAAAGUUUAAACUCCAUUUUUAUAACACCCUAAAAGAUCACAUAGCUCAUAAAUCAACCUUUAACUUGGUAUUUGACUCAUGUAAUGUAGAUCCCUAAAGGCAUUAAUCAUCUAUCGUUUUCAGGGUCUGUGUAGCUGUUCUAGCUUUGCUGCACUCACAGGACACCAUCAACAGCCAGUGAAAAGUGAUAUCAGUGUAUUUCUUAGCAAUAACUCCGGAGAGCUUCGCUAGGAGAUAUAAGGUAGAUAUAUUUCAGACCAUAGCUCAGUAUCACAAGGGAGGAAGAGACACUAAGUGAAAGUGUCAUGAGGUUUGGCUCGUUCAAUCAGCUUAAUCCGACCCAUCAUGUUAUAUUUGUUGCCACUGUGGUUUGGUAUGUGUGCAUGGGUGCGUGCUCUUGGCUCUGUGGCUGUGUGGCUGUGUGCUGCAACAGUCAAUCCCCUCUUUUGACCUGAGGAGGCUGAAAAACUCCCGUGUGCCUCCUUUGAUACACUUGAAGUCACCCGGUGGUUUUACCUGUUGCAUAAUAUAUGUGCAGGUUUUGUAACCCUUCUCAUAACAGGAGGGACUUUUAGCAUUAAUAUAUUAAAAGGGGUUGCUUUGCAGGAACACGAUAAUUGAUAUAAAUUAUUGCACUUACAACAAAAACUGACUGACAGGUUACUUAAUCAUCUACUAAAGAGCACGUAUUGGCCAGAUGUCUACUUGUUUGUUAUCUACCACUAAAAUGAGAAACUAUUACAUAUAAAGGAUUUUCAUUAUAAAAGUAUUUUUUUGGUCAACAUAAUUCAAUACUUCUCAUGUGAUUCAAGCUGCAAAACCACUUGUACUAAUUAAAUAUGUAGAAAAAAAUAAAAUGUAUAUUUUCGGCUCAAGACAUCCAUUACUAAAGGGUUUGUUCCACCUUUUAAAGUUCAUGCAAAAUUUGCCUUAAUUAGAGAAUAAGAUGGUAACAAUUUACUGUAACUGCCUCUCUCUGUAACGCAUCAUAAAUGUAUGUAUAGUAUGUUAUAAUCUUGUUAUAGCACUGUAUAACUACAGUUAUAAACACUUAUAAAUGAUCAUAAUGCUUUAUAGCAACUAUCAUAACAUAUUGUAAAGCAUUUUAUCAUGACUUACAAGGUCAGGUAUUAUAAUGUGUUAUAACUGUUAACAACUCACUGACAAUGCCCACAUAGAUAAUGCAUCAUACAUAUAUUUAUGAUAUGUUAUAAUUUGCUUAUAAACUUGUAUAACUAUCAUUAUAUACAAUCAUUAAUUAUCAUAAUGCUUUAUAACAAUAAGCAUAACACAUUACAAUACCUGACCUUGAAAGUCAUGAUAAAAUGGUUUAUAAUGUGUUUUGAUCAUUUAUGAUCAUAUAACAUGAGUGUUUAUAACUAUAGUUAUAAAGUGCUAUAAUGUGAUUAUAAUGCAUUAUACAUAUAUUUAUAAUGCGUUAUAGAGAUAGGCGUCAAGUAAACUCUUUCCAAUAGAAUAGUACGGAUGGAGGGGGCACUUGACUAAACUAAAGCCUGAGUGUGGAUUUAACCCCUGAGCUAAACCAAGAUAUCAAGAUCUUCUUACAACAUCAAGAACAAGAUCUUUUACUUCAUUUGACCACACAAUAGGGCUGUGAUUUUCAGCACAGUGAGUUGGUGUGUUAAUGUAAAAAAUGUUUGCUGAUGACUCAUUGGUCUCUGUUCCUUAUCCCUCUCAACUGUAUUUUUAAAAUCAGCGCUUUGAAAAUUUUCAUUUGCUUUAUCCAAAAACUAAACCUCAUUUAAUGACUUGACCUUUUAUCUGUUGCUGUGAGGAAACAGCCCUCACAUGCUGCAUGACACAUCUCUAAUGAUGAGCUAUUGUUCAUUCACAUUCAUCCACUAUCUGGAUAAUUACCAUUUCACAUGAUUGUGGGAAAAGCCCCUUUCUCAUUUGGUAUUUAAUGCAAAUGAGACUCAGAUCUGGUCUUGUCAGAGGUUUUAUGCGGAAUCCUGUAAAUAGUUAUUGUUGCAGCAGUGGCUCACUCCAGAAAGGCCCUUGUAGACUCAGCUGAAAUGUGGAGAGGGUAGGCCAAGCAAGGUCAUUGCUGUUAGGAUGAAGUACUCCAUCUUGUUAGCAUGCCCUUUUUAAAAUGCUAGAAAACUGUUGUGGACUUAAUUUAAAUUUCUGUGUUUCUUUGUUUGGUCAUGAUGCUUUCAGUUAAAAUGUCAGCAUUACUAUUAGAAAUAAAAGGAUGCCAAUGCAAAGAGAAUUAUCCUCACCCAGAAAUGUCACACAGCUUCCCAUUAGAGAAGAAAUGUGUCCUGCAUUGACCUUUGGUAACUUGUAAGGCCAACAUGUAAAGGAGGAGAGAGGGGCUAUUUUUGCUCCCAGAGUAGCCAAGAUUUCCAUGAAUUGAAAUGGUAUUUCCAUUUUACUGACUGUGACUGUCAUGUUUGAAUCUGUCCACCAAGAGAAAGGCUACGUCAGUCUAGGAACACCUUCAUUACUUUCGAUUAAUUUCCACAGCAAGCUCAGUUUUUUUCAACACUAUUUGUUUCUUAAAACUUGAUAACUCUCUAAUUAGCUCUCAUAAGGUCUACAUUCCCUGUUAGCCCCUGGCUAUGUUCAGCAAUGUGCAGCAGGCAACUCCACUAGACCCAGACUAUAUAAGGCAUGAACACUUCCCUACACAUGAAGACAUGCCAUUCUUCCCUCUGACAGAUAUUAUCCAGUAGGGAAUGGUGGCUGAAACACUCGAGUAGAUCCUUGAUUAAAUCAUGUUGAAUAAAUAAAGCACAAAGCAAGGGUUUAAGAAUAAUCUAGAUCAGCAACAUGAACCAUUUGGCAGUGACAUUUAUGAAAAUAAAUACUAAUUAGCUGAUGACUAAAGUCAAAAUGUAUAUCAUCAGGAGAAAGUAACCUUUUUCGGGUGAACAUGACCAUUCUUAGUGUUAUUUUUACUCUCAUCUGUUUAACCUUGCCCAACAUUUUAUAAUAUUAAAAAGCCAGAGAGCUAUAAGUGUUCCUUUUCCUAAUUUGGACACAUUAACUUUAACUAAUUCUUUCCUGUCCCUUCCUUCUCCCUCUGCCCUUUUGAUCCCUCUCUCCCUUCAAGACGCCAUGAUCCAGCAGGAGGAGGAUAAUCGCACACCCACAGUAGACAGCAUGGACACCGAAAGGCACGCUGCUGAAAGGUGACCUCCAGACACUUCACCUCCCCAAAACUUGUGGUGAGUUAAGAUUCAGAGAAUCUCAUGUAUUCUGGAGGAGCUGGGGAGACAUCAUCCAGUGGGUUUUUCUCAGGCUUUUAUUACUCCUACCUUUGAGAAAAUCAACAUUUACUGUGGAUAUUUUUUUGUCUUUCCAAAGCAUUGAUCGGGUCUUCCAUACCUCUAAGUCGCCAUUUUCCCCUUUGACCUACGUAGCAAGAUCCUAUCAAGGCAAAAGGAAAUCUUUAUGCUUUAAUUAAGGAUAUGGCUUUUUCUUAAUGAGUCAUGUAUAUGAUUGUAUUUAAUCUGAAAAACCUUCAAUCUGAUCAAUAACUCACCUUCUAAAGCCUGUGCGUGUUUGUAAUCAACAAAGAUGAUUUCAGUAAGUAACCACUAGUUUGUAAAGUCAUAAUCUGUUUUCAUGCAUGCUUGGGUUUAGUAAUGACAUUCAUAACUGGCACCUUGAUGAUGUGACCAAAUAACUUGUCUGCCUCUCAGUACUGAAUACUUUCUAACUUUCAGCCUUAAACCCAUUUUUUCGUCUCAAAUCUAAGAUUUCUAACUUCUAAUCCGUAACAAUAAACAUUAAUUGAAAAGUUUAUCUCAUGGCCAAGUGCAAAGAAUAGCCUACUUAUUUGUUUUAAAACAUGGUUAGUUAACAUUCCCAUUGAAAAUAACAUUGGAUAAAGUAAGCAGGUCUUCUGGUAAACAUUUGUACCAACAUUCCGACCUCAUUCAGCUGUCCUUCUGGGAUGUUUGCACCAACUUCUAACACUGUUGUUAUCAUCACUGCUGUUCAUGUUUGACUUUGGGGCAGAGAUGCACUCGCCAGCUCUGUAGCAGGACUGAAUCUUGCCCCACUUUCUCUAUCGAAGAUAUUUAAGGCCCAGGAGAUCCUCAGGCUACUCUCACAUCUGUGCCGGGUAACUGUCUUUAUUUUCACACUUUCAAGUCCAGACUGAGACCGAAAUGUUUUUUUCCUCUAAGGGUCAACAGGCAGAGGUGAUAUGUGAGAUCCACCUGCUCCUAGUGUUGUUUUUAUUCAUCCCUGUGGUUGCAGGGAUUUGACAAAUCAGAAUCAAGUACUCGAUACAACCCUGUUAUAAGUCUUUAUAAUGCCCUUAACGUACAGAUACUGUAGCAGGUAGAAAACCCAGUUGUUUUCAGCUUCAGAUUACUUAACUCUUCACCCUUUCUGUGUCAUGCCUCUUUUCACUCUUUACUAUGGGAACUUCAGUUUACUCCCCCCUUUUCCGGUCACAUUAAGGUGUUUAUUCUUUAUGUUAGGCUUGUCUAUGUUUAUAGGAAUUGUGAAGAGGGAAAAGUAUCUUCCUUUGCGACCUAUAAAAGCAACUCUCAGCACCCAAGUGGAUGGUGCGGUGUUUAUCCUCUCCCCUUCAACUAAAAAGGAAAAGAAAGGCAAAGUCAGUUCAGUAAAACUGAGCAGUGCAGUAUGUUUGAUGCUGGAUAGUGUCUCGAUGUCAGGCAGUGCACCAUGAAGCCAUCAGACAGGACUACAGUGCCAGCAGCAAUGUUGACUGAAAGUCCUGUCUGCCUCGGCUUCUAUGCAAAGACUCUGUGGAUCCUCUCUGUCUUUGGUCGGGAUUGAAGUGACUUCGCCUCAGUAUGAAUCUUAUUUCGUUUUUCAAAUAUGUUCUUCAUUUACAUAUUUGAGUCCUCAAACUGCCUGACCACUAAACUGAGCAGAGUAAUACGAGUGUUUCACCCUGCCAAACAGAAAGCGAGAUGUUAUACACCAAUUUCAAAUGAUGACUUAUAUCCUUAAAGAGGUAGUAUAAAUCCAGUCCAAGUGCUCAUCUUUGCCUGUCAGGGGGUCCCUUGAGUGUCUAGCAGGCUGCUAUAUCACGCUGACUAAUAUAAAACCAAUUUUCAAUAAGAAUCAGUUGCAUAAAGUUCGGGAGGAAUAUCUUUCCUGCAUUUCUAGAGGAAAGUUCAUGCUCAAAUCCCUGUAGCUACUGCAGUAGUUGAGUGAGCCCCUAAUAUAGAGGUAAACUGGGCCUUUAAUUGGAUUGUGUUUUUUGGCAGCAGGAUGGUUUAUGUAGGCGAGUUUAAACAAAACAACGAUGUCCAUCUUAAUGCUUAUUUGAAUCGAUGUCACAUGAUGGCAUCUUGUUGUUGUUUUUUUACGGUUUUUGAGCAAAUUUUUAAAUCUGCAAAUCACAGGAAAAAAUAUGUCAUUUGUUUUUUGGAUCAAUGCAUCCUUUUUCUUUUCACAGGCUCUCCUCACAAUAAGAAAAUAUUGAAAAGCACCGGCUUACUUGCUUAAUUUGUUUAUUUUUUUAAUCUGGCCAGCAGUUAAAUAAACCUUGUGUGUCACCCGUGAAACCACAUGAAAAUGUUUGAUUUUUAUGCACAUUCCAAGCUGCUUGUUAUCAGCAUACGCACAGAUCCAUAUAGGGCAGCUCUCCUCAGUUUUGGGUUCAAAACAUCUGUACCUUGUUAUUAAUCAUUAGCAUGCAUCAGAUUGCCUAAAACAAAAUAAACAAACCUUAUUAAAUCCACCUACCAUGAUACAAAGACAUCGAUUCAACUACAACCACUUGUACUGAUGUGAGCUGCUGAGGGCAUACAGAGAGCAUGGGGUGUAAUGUCGGCUGUGCUGCAUGAGAACACCAUUUGCGUGGUCUGAUUGAAAGAAGUGGAUUGAAUUCAAAUAAGCACCCCAGAUAUGUCUUUGGAGCAGUAUUAUCACCACAGGAGGUGAACAGGCUGCUCCUCAGCAACUGAAAUAGAUAUGGGAGUGAGAAUCAGAAGUGGAGAGGCAGGGAUUUUUGAAUUGCCACUUGUGACCCAGCAGCAGACAGGUCUUGUAUUUCUUUGAUUUACUCUCUUCUGUGUCUAAAAUGGGAAACUUGUGGCAAUUUCAAGGGUUGAUAUCAAUGAGUUGAAGCAGAGGGGAAAAAAAGAUGAAAAGUAACUGUGGUUGAAUGUUUUAUAUUUUCUUAAUGUUUUUAUUACUUAAUAUAGAAAGCUUUUCUAUUCAGAUUCGUCUGUUUUUUUUUAUAAAUUAAAACAAAUGCCCCUCGGAUAAAUGGUUAAGGUUCAUUCAGAUGGUAACAGACCAUUCAGGACAUUUUUAUGCACUUAAAAAGAAGGAUUUAUCGCAUCAGUCUGACUGAAACUGGACUUUUCAUAUGCAUGUAAACACAUUAGUCUGACUACAUUCAAACUUCUCAUAGUUGGACGAACAUAUCUGGAUAAUGUGGAUGGAGAUCAUUUACUCUUGCAUGUAUACAGCUUAAAUGAGGUGAAACUGGCAUGCCCCUUUGUUCACAUGCCAGGAUCUGGGCUGGUGGUUGAACAGCAUGGAUGUGUUGCUAGGAAGCCAGUACGAGUGAUUUCAUAUCAUGGUAACGGUAUAUAUCACAGUAUGUUUUUUUCCCCCGUGUAAAUUCAAUUAAUGGCUUAAAAAUAACCAUUCUGUCGCAUUCGUUCAUUUUCUUUUAUUUUUAAACUCGGACCUUUGGCGAAAGAAUCAGCCGAGCUCUUUUGUAUGAGAGGAGCUGCAUUUCAUCUUUAGGUGGUGGAAGAGGUUGUUGGUGUUUCCAUCUCCAGCAACGACAGCCACACGACACUCUUUGCAUAGAAUUGUUUUUUGAUCAUUGUCAACCGAUGUCACAACUCGCGCCCUUUUUCAGAAUGAGUUCCUACUCCUCUUCCUCGUGUUAGGUUGGUCGGGCUGCCUCCGUUUGCUCAGUACUGCUACUAAUCUGCGGGUCUGCCAAGACCACCGCCAAUGAAGCUAUUUCUUCUUCAUCGAAACUAUGCCAAGCAGUCUGCUGGACAUGCUGGUGAAUAUGCAGAAAUGCACCCAAACGGAUGCGCUUCGGCUUUCGUGUUAGCGAGCGCCGACAAGUACACAAUGACUCAGAGAGAUGCAGCAGACAUCUGCUCUCUCUACGGUUUAAACGGUAUAGCAAAAUUUCUACUGGUAGCCACUUUUAUACUGUCACACAGUAUAUACCAUCAUACCGCCCAACACUAACAGGAACCAUGUUUGUGAAACAAUAACUGGACGUGUUUUAAUCUUGUUUAACCCAUGUCCUAUGUGUUCAUGUGGAUGAGGUCAACUUAUACCACAGCCAAUCAGUUGGAGGAGUAUGUUUUGGCUUCAUGUCUGGGGUGCUGUCUUUUUGUCACUGAUGUCCAGCAGAGUGUGUGUGUGUGUGAUGGUACUCAUAUGGUUCAUGUUGCUGUAAAGCAUGAUUUGUGUUACCAUAAGAAACAUAACUUCCAACUUUUCUUAAAAGUUUGCAGUAAAUGCAGUAGCUUUUGCUGAAAGUGCUCUGAAGACAUGAUUAAUAACAGACUUACAUCCAUUUAAGAGAGGAGAACCUCAGGCAGUAAUCAAUGCAAUCUCUGUAAGUGAACACAAAUAAACAUUAAAAUCAAGCAAACACCACAAUAACAUAUUUUUCCAUUAACUGGUCUGACGUUGGGCUCAUUUGUCACAUAAGACAUAGUGCAAAUGUACAGUCUAAGUGCUGUUCUUCCACUCAGAGUUCAGUGGGUGGACAGUCUCCCAGCGUAUCUGUGAGUGCGGUACAACAGCGGGGAUGGUUAAAAGCACUCGAGCAUUGGAUGGAAUUCAGUCAGCAUGCAUUUAAUUUGGUUUCGUGGUAGCAGCAGGCACAGACGUGGUUAUACAAGAGAUACGGACUGGCACAUUUGGGCGUGUGAGUGUGGGAAGGCACAGAAAAAAAGAAUCCUGUCACCUCAUUUCUUAGCAUAUGAUUACCUGUCGAAAGUAAUGUGCUCAUCCCACAUUUGUAUUAUCUUUUCUGUUUCAGCUGUUAGAAACAUUGUUAGAUUGCUAGACUGAACACUGAAGAUGAUAUGACAUAUGAAAGGCAAUUUCAACAUGACCUAAUCGAUAGCAGGUAAGUCUUUAGACAUGGAGUUAAAAAAACACCUUCAUUACUUUAUUACAAAUGGGAUAAAACAUGCCAACAAUACCAGUGAUUUAGCAGGGUGGGACAAUUUGAGUUAGAGCCAAAAAACAUCGAAACUUUGUCUGCAGCUCUCCAUUGUGUAACUUUAAGAGAUAUAAGAUAAGAUAAGAAAGGUCUGAUAUAAAAAGACAUAAUGAAAGCAAUGCAGUCAUAAAUAAAUAGGACAAGUAGUUGUUGGAUUAAAACAUCAGUAGAAGCAGUAGAGUUGGUGCAGAUUGUAAAAGAGCAAUGAUAAUGCAACUGUAUAACAUUUAAAGGCUCUUACCCCAGAACCAAAGUGUUGUUUUUGUAAGUUUCCUAUUAGAAGAAAUUUUCAAUAGAAGAGUAUGUUUGAUUUCAGGAAACUUUAAUUAAAUGCUCACCAGUGUAAUUGUUGACUUGACGCCAGGGUAGCCUAAUUGUGUCAUCAGCUGUUCAGAUGUAUUUGUUGUGAUUAUCUUGGCAAAGAAACAACUUCUUUUGGCAAAAUGUUUUGGCUUAAGACAGAAAAAUGAAUUUAUUUUCUGGGGUAGUUUGGGACCUUAAAUGAGUCCCAUCGUUUCAUUCUGUUCUCUCAGAGCAUUAGGAGGCCUACCUGUGAGCACCCUGCCUUAGCAAUCAUUGCACGACAAUACACGCCUAGUGUCUGCCGAUUCUCUGCUUUCCUGCAAAUAUCCCAAUCAUGUCUGUCAAAACACAAUGGAUGAGGUGUUUAGCAGAACAAAAGAUCAGUGAUUUGGAGGGAACCCUGUUCAGCAGGCUGUCGUGUUUUGCAUUUUGUAGUUCAAAUAGAAAGGAAAUAGAAAAUCUAGUUUUUGGCAUCCAGCUGCAGCUCUUAGUACUCGGGCUUUCAAUCACAGAAAAAUCUUUGAGUGCAUUUAAAUACACAUGAAUGCACACACACAAGAUUCACUUACACAAUCUACAGCAGGAAUAAGUGGCUCAUAAGAAGCACUUUUCUGUUGUAUUCUUAUUAUUUAUUCUUAGUAUUUCUAUCAAAAAGCCAAUCCUCCUGUCCUAAACCGUGCACCCCAAAAUAAUUAUAACUGUGGUGAGAUUCUGCUCUUAAUUUCAACAUCUCUCUAUUCCCAGAUCUUUUCCCACCUACUUGUUCAUUGUGCGAAACUCUUUAAUAAUGAUACUCUAAAAGAUAGCUCGCAGAUUGCCUCAAGGUCCGAUGUUGCUUUGCAUUGCAAGAUAUAUUUAAAAUGGAGUGUCCGUUGGGACGGGAGUGCCCCCAGAACUGAAUAUUACAUCUAGUUUUUAAACAGAUGCAGCACUUCAGAAGCAAAGUACUGCAAAAGUUUUGCUGAAACGAUUGCAGUGACUUUUUCACCUUUUUCUUGUUUCUUUCUUCUUGUCCACUUCAUUUAAACCGUACUUUUGAGUAGUCCAAAUGGGUUUUAAUGAGCAACUGGUGGAAUUAAGAUCACCCUCCAUGUAAAUUGUAGUGAUUAUUAAGAAAAAAAAACUCUUUUGGACAUCUUGAUGAUCCUACUGAGUGAGCUUCAAAUGACUAAUUCAUGCUAAUUGUAAAGUAGACGCUGUGUUUAAUAACAGGCUGGUGAUCACUUGGAUCUGCAGCAGCGUUUGUGGAAUUAUUUAAAUAUGUUGCGAGGAUUAUUCCAACAGUGAUAACAAUCUCAUCUUAUAGAAGAACUGCCAAGUCAUGGAAACCUUCAUUUUGUUUCAUGCUUAAUAAGAAUACUGAUGAGUAAUUUUCCAUAACACAAAACUGUUUCAAUGAAGACCACAAACAUACAUCCCAUAUUUUUCAAGUCUUUUCUCUGUUGAGUAGAGCUGUUUAUGUAUGUAUGGACGUAUGUAUUAGUGGCUUUGAGGGACAGUGGUGAACUUCAGAAACAGGAGGGUGUUGAGAUGGAGCUCCCCUCGGGUAUGAGGUGAAGCCUCUGGGGACAGACUGAGGAAGUCAUGAGUGUUAAAGGAGAGAAACCACAGCUGCAGGGCUGUAGACUCACAGCCUUGACGAUGUUUCUGAUGACUUCCUUUUACUCUGAGAAUAGCGGCUCUGCAGGACACAGACGUGCUGUUAAAUUUUUCAAUGGAUACUCUUUCUUAAAAGUAAAAUUUGAUUAGGAUUUGCAAAAGAAAGAUGCAGAGAAAGUUUGUAAUCAUGAUUAAUGGGAGUAAAGCAUAAUUUUUUGCUCGAUUUCAGUUACUAACUUGCUGCUCUCUUUUUCGCUCUCCAGGCUUUUCUCACUCUCUCUCACUCACCCACUGAGCUUCAGGGUCGGUGAUUGCACAUAUUAUGUUGCCUGUAAUGAGUCUAAUUUGGUUUCCUGCCAUACUGCACAACCCUUUAGCCAAGUCUCUGUCCUGCACUUUACCAACUCAUCCACAGACUGCUUUGUCCAGAGGCAGCUUUGGCUCAAUUUGCUGCUUCUUUCCAUCAAUAUGUUUGCUCCACAGCAAUCUUCUGAUCCUGAGAUUGAAUAUAUCCUUCUACAAAAUGCUUGUACUGUGCUUAGCGCUAAUCUCCUGUGCCUUGGCUGCUCUAGUCUGAUAAUGUUCAUGUGCCUUCCAGGUGCUUGAUACUGUUUUUUAAUAUGGAAACUUGCAACGUGCAACACAACAAUCUAAAGAAAUAAAGCUAAUAUUUAAUGAAACUCGUACACCAAACCGUCAACAUCUUUAAUACACUGAUUUCCAGCUUCCUGUGACUCUGUUUGCUCUGGAAGAGUGACAAAUUUUAAGGAAAAGCCACAGUAGAAUCACCUUAUUUUCACUUUUUUACAUUCAUAAGUUUGUCACCUGGUCACUGAAUGUUUUCUAUUAGCCCUUACCGGUGGAUUCUUAAGACAGAGCCUCACACCUUUGCAUGAAGACUGUAAUACUGUUAUAAAAUGACUGUGUUAGCAAGAAAAAUAGCCAUUAUAGGUGUCCAGGAGUUCAUUUUUACUGCUCUGUUAUCUAAGCAGGUAUCGAUAUUAUUUUAUUUUUACUGAUAUUCAAGUUCAAAGUAUGGGCAACUCUUAUUAAGAGUGAUCAGGAUGCAUAAGAUACCCAAAACAUAUCAUCAGUGAAUAGAGAUUAACUAAGCUCCCAUGAUCUAAGAUCUAGAGCGCCAGUUUAGAUCAAUGUUAGGGGCAUGGGCCCCAGGUGCAGGGACUGAGGCGCGUAUCGUGCAGCUGCCAGUUCAGUUACACUACAUGUCAGCCCAACUCUGUUCUCCCUGCAUUUCCUCUCUGCCUCAUCUUACUUAGUGGAAGCAAGAUAUCCACCAAAAGUUUAAAACGUAAUGAUGUAAGAGUUCAUUCUCCAGGUCAUGUUUUAAACCACAUGAAAUCCAAAUUUACAGAUAUGAGUCAUUCCAAAUAGCAGCUCUGUCUUCACCUCUUUUAGCAUGUCAGCUCUAAAUCACCCACAGUAAGUACAGAAUGCUGCUGCAAGAUUAUUUAAUAGGUCAAACCAAUAGUCCCACAUCACUUUCAUACUGAUAUCUCUUUAAACGUCCCUCACUGCCUACAGGAUCAAGUUAAAAAUUCUCAACCAGGCCCCCAGACUACCUCACCGAACUCAUCAGACUAAUCACUAAGGUCAAGCUCGCUACACCUGCUGUUCAUCCCAAAGACAGACUUGUGGUGAUAAGUCUUUUGAGGCCAUAACUCCAAACCUCUGGGACUUUCUUUCUUUCUCUUUGUCAUCUGCUAACUCUGUUGGGGCUUUAAAAGAAAAUGAAGAUCAUAUCUUUUCAGAAAGGCUUAUGAGUAACCAUUCUAAUCCAUCUUUUCUAUAAUUGCUCCGUAUGUUUACUGUGUCUUUGUACUAUAUCUGGUUAUUUCAGUGGUGGUUUGCAUGGUUUUUAUCUCGCGGCACUUUGCCCUUCUCUGUUUUUAUAUAUACAGUGUAAACAUUUUUAGCAUGUCAUUACCUUUUUUAUUGAUGUGAAGCACUUUGUGACUGUUGUCUGUGAAGUGCUCUGUCAGUAUCAUUUCAUUUUAUCAUUUUUAUUCGUCUGUGCUGUACUGGAUUGAGCACCUGCUUAGCUCAUUUGACAGAGCAGGCACCUCAUAUAUCCUCGUUGCACUUGUCCUGGGGUCAGCUUCAGGUCCUGACUAACAUGAUUUGGUGUGUGUCAUCCUCCCCUCUUUUCUCCUCAUAAUUCUUGUCUCUUUCUCAAGCUGUCCUUUUAAAUUACAGACAAAAAGCCCAAAAAGAAAUCCUUUAAAAAAUAUAUCAGGUUAAUGAACUUAGGGGUUAUGUUGUGGUAUUUGUUCAGUUUCCUUUUUUUAAAACUCUGUGGUAAAACCCUGAGGAAAAGUUAUGCCUCUUACUUUUCCAGAGAACACAUGUCACACACCUACAUAUGUGUGAAAAACUUUUUUCCUCGAUUCCUGUUUUUUUUUUUACCCUUUCCCUCCUUCCACAAAACUCUCGUGUUUUAUUAUCCUUCCUACCCCAGCUGCCAGAACACACAGUCCCACACCUGCAGGAGACAGUGUCCAGAUGUAUCUUCCCGACUCUUCUCCUGUGGCAUAAAUAUAUUUUUAUGUGGUGGCUUCGUGAUUCCACACAGCUCCUCCGUCAAAUCUGCAGACAUGUUAGACUGCAGGUAUGUGGAGUGCGUUGGUAGAAACACCCCAUGAGUAUAACCUCUGUACUCUUUUGAAAUAUUUAAUACACAUCCCCUCUCUGAAGUCACUCGAAGAAUUUUAAUGGUUAUCUGUUAUACAGUGGCUUCUUUCAUGUAUUACAUCUGCAACAUGAAAAGUGUUAAAACAGAUUUACACCCUUACAAUAUAAAAUAUUUACUGAUUGCGGCAAAACUUGGAGUGUUUCUGCACUCAAGAUUUGAGCAAAACUAGCUUCAUAUUUUAGUUUUUUUUAAUGUCAAAACUUCUUUAAAAUAGAGUGUAAACAACCCAGUGUCUGAGCUUUAUGAUCCCUGUGGACCACACACACCGACUUUAAAGAAAGAGCAAGAAAGACGACAGAGCUUUUAUUUAUAUCCACAUGCUUGAGAGAGAACAUGCUCUAAAACAGUCCAUUUGAAGACAGGAACAAUGUGAGGUAAGGACAGCCAAUUACAUUUAAUCUGCUCAAAACAACUUCAUCUCUCUAAAUGUGUUCUUACAUUAAAAGUUAUUGACCGUAACAAAGUAGUACUUGUUGGUUAAGGACACACUACGAGGCAGCAGCUUUGAGACGAAAAAUGUACCUGAGAUUUGAUUACCAUCCAGCUUUAGUUCAGGUUUUCCAGAAAUUUCCAAGGCUCUGUGUAAUCCAAUCUCACUCCUUUUUCAGCGUGUUGUGGGAGUGUGAUCAAUAUUUCUCUGAAAUAACAUUAAGGUGACAGUAUGUUUGAAACAGUGCUGGAAAUUGGCAGCAAAGGACUGGAAAUACUGUUGAAAGUCCUAAAACUAUACAAAGACAUUUAUGAUUCCCUUUGUGGUUUAUGGCUCAAAUACUGGUAAAGCUAAUUACAUUAUCUAUAGGUUAGCUCUUUAAGCUAAUGAAAAAUGUUGGCAUGCUAUCAAAGAGGAUGGGCAUUAGCAUUAUGCAAAUGGACAUUUGGAGUAUGUGUGCAUGUUGACAUUGGCACUUGCUGCCUUAAUAGUCUCACAUAGAGAGUGUUUUUAAAACAUGUAAAGAUGGAUUCAAUGAUGUCAGACAAUUAUGUUUGGACUUUUAAAUCCAAGAAUCCAAAGUGUAGCGUUUGAGUGUUGUAUUUUUAACCCAGAUGUGACCAUAUUUGGUGAGGGGAUUGGUGAUUGAGAGGAGUAAAGCGUUUCCAAUCUUUUAUUUUAGGCACCAGUUAGUUAACCUAAGUUUUGAGUUCAAACAGGGAACAUGUAUCUUUUUGCUGAUCUUUUCCAGUACAUGUAUAAGUACUUUUUUCUUAUACCAUUGGCUUAAAACAUAAAAACACUGCCCCAAUCAAUAUGAGUCUGGACUCUGAUAGCCUUGUCUGUUUUUUGUCAGUCAUGUGGAAGCAGCAGUGUUAAUUUUAGUCUGUUUCAUAACCAGUUGAAAACUCCUCACUAGGACUUUCAAUUUUUAGGUUGUACAGCACAUGCUACAGACUAAUUGGCUGGCUAAUAAGAUAGUUACCGAGGUUAAUCUAGCAAAGCUAACAAGCUGUAGUAAGAGCUGACACUUAUACACGCAGACAGUGCAAAACCCAAAGACACCCGAGGCAACAAGCUUAUUGACUCAGAUUUUCUUGCUUCUGAACGGUUAGGGGGAUAAGCUAUAGAAGGGAAACUCUGCCUUUAAAGAAACUGCAGUUUUCACACUUUAAUGUCUGCUUUAGUUUUCCCAGAAGGAUCCCACUUGGUUUAAUAGAGCUGCUUAAAGGCUGUAGCAUUGUAGACUUAUCGAUAGAAAUGUUCAGCACCAUCCAGAGGCAUAUACUAGACUCAGGAGCUCUAAUCUAAUCGUCCGCCACAAAACCAAACCGUGUGCAGUAGACCACAUUUUCACAAAUAAAGACCAGUAGGCUCCACAGGUGUGAUAUGAUGUAUUUAAGUUUAAGUCGCAUACAUCUUCAUCAGUUUUCUGGCAAAAGACCAAAGAAGAACCUCAAAGGGGAGUCAGCAGGUUUCUGCCAAGCAUGUAUCUCCACUUUACAAAUUUCUUCCAACGUCUUUCAAGUAACGAAUGAAUGGGUAGCACAUCAGACAUAAGAUCAAAGAAGGGCAGCACGCUUUCUUGCAUGAGUCUCUGACCUACUGUCACACCAGUUUAGUUAUUUGGUUUACACAACCGCUGAGGAAUUUUUUUCUUUUCAAUGCUGAUGAUAAAAAUCUGGGCAGGCGUCAUAAUGUCAUGGUGAUGAAUCUUCAAACUCUAUCAGUUGCAGGUUCAGUCUAUUUUUAUGAGGACAGGUUUUGACAGUUUCCACAUCCUCUAAAUUGUAGAGAGGAGCAUUUUGAGUGGUGAAUUUUUCCAUUGGACAACUGUGACAAAGAGAUGUACUCUCAGGUGUAUUAUUCUCAGAGGUUGCAAAGAACAAACUCAUGAAAUAUAGGGAACAUCACGUCUCAAAGCUGGUAAAAUACCUGGCACGUUGAAGCUUUUCACUCAUUUUUGCUGUCAUUUUUCCUCAAAUUCUUUCCCAGAGUCGUCACCAGGCAAUUCUUACUGGGGUAAGCCGGCACCUGAAGCAAAAUGUGUGUCUUCCUUAUCUGAGAACACAGCUCUCUCUUUUCUUUUGUUUUCUGCCAAACUGUACCUUCCUAACUCUCCUUGGUUGUUCCCUCUCAGUCUCACACCUGCAGCCUCCACACGCUUCUCUCUUUCCUCUUCAUGCUCCCUUUAUUUCUCUUUCACUGCCGGCCAUUUAUUAUAGGGUGUCAUGGCGAAAGAGAAGCCGCUCCUGGUGUGAUGCAUUGUGGUAUAAUUCACAGAUUUGGCUUCUGUGUGAUAAAGACCACUUAUAAAACAAGGGGACAUCUGUGCGGUGGACCUGCGCUGCUCUUAACUGAAAUGAACCAUGUGUCGAGUACUCACAGAGGGGAAACAAAACAGGUUUAAUUCCCACAUUCCCUCAACAGGAGGGAAAAUAACAAUGCUUUAACACUUUGCAGACGGCACAUUUUUCACAUUUAAAGCAACAUUUUAGUUUUUCUGUUUCCAUCCCAGGAGAGCGUUCAUUUUUCUCAUCGCUUCCCUUUUAUCUUCCAUCCAUACUCACCUCCUCACGCUAACGUUUGAUUCGUUUCCAACUUUAGCUCCUCUUGGAACCAAACCUCCCUCUCGUCUUAAGGGGUCAAGGUGAUUGAAGAUCUGGAUUGAUGAUUCUGGCUUUAAUUAGUAUAGCCUGUUUUAGUGAUGUCAGCAAUUCUUUACAGGCUAUGCUAAUCUGUGCCAGAAUCAGCAAUGCAAUAUGGACGGAAGCAUUUCUCCAUGACGUACAAAAACGGCUGUAUAUUGUACUGCUGUCAGUCCAUGAAUUUCUCUAUUGAUGUAUGACAGGUUUGGAAACAAUGCUUUGAGAUAUUACGCUGGAAGAACUAGUUUAUCAAACAGAAUGAAAGCUGAUAGAGGGCGUCUGCUAGGGUGGAGGUCUGCAGACAGUAAAUAAUUUGUAAUCACUAGGAUGAAAAAUGACGCUGAAGGGAAGCCCUAUAUGUCUUAGGCGCCGCAAUCAAGUGGCCUUUUCUGACACGUGAUAAGGCUUGAUGAGUGUAAAUGUAGAAUAUGAUGUCAAUUUUUUCCUCCCUUUUUUUCUCAUUCCACCUUUUGAUAUGGGGUGAGGAAGAUUACAGGUGUGAAAAAGUACAGAACACACAGCUCUAGAUGCUGCUGCCAUGUUCUGUUGCUGUUUUUUUCUAUUAACCUGCCAUGCUAGAGGCGCCUAACCUGUCAACACUUCUUUUAAUAGUAUGCCAGGCCUUUAAAAAAGCCAUUAUCUCUGCAGAAGCUGGUUUGACCCCAACAAUGAUGAAUGUAUGAUUCUGUGUCUUCUUCUGUACGCACAUAAAAAAAAACUUCAUAGGAAAAGAUAAAUACGGCUUCAUGAAAUUGUUUUCUUCUGUUAUUUCUUAAAAAGGUACAUGGGGCAGUUUGUGAAAAUCCCACAUCACAGUUUUUCAACUUUUGUUCUUGAAUUUAUGUUUUCACUUUGUGGUUUUACAUUUAGGAGUUUGCACUGCAAGUGGCAGAGUUCGCCUUUUUUAAAAAAAAAUUUAGAUACAAGAUGCAUGCACAAUGUUUCACAGAAAUCUUUUGUUAUCUUUAUAUUUGACGACUGAAGAUGACUAAAGAGAUUUAUAUUUUAACUUCUGCUAUCAAAUCAAAUCCCCUCCUGUUUUUAACCUGAAAGGGAUAUUCUGGCAUAAAAUUAAUUUAGGGACAAACACACUGUAACACCGAGUUAGACACCCCAGAGAGAUAAAUAUAGCCGACCACUUGUUUCUUUAGUUAUACCAACUUUAGUAACGACCGCACGAUAGCAAUACACAGUGGUCUGAGGAGCCAUACACAAACCUCAACUAAGAAGCCACUCUAUAGUCACAAAUAAUGCUCAGAACAGCACCAAACUUCAUCAACAGUACAUAUAGGGUCCUAGCUACAGCACUAGCCACCAAACAUCUUUUUAAAUUUGCCUAAUUUCUUCAGCAAAGAUACUGAACACAACUCACCUACUUUCUUCUAGCAGCCACUUGUUUGUAGUGAGACCUCGGGCCAAUCCAUUACGGACUACAGCAGGGUGACGCAGCUCAAGGAAUAACAUUUAUGAUCAUUUCUUCAUGGAAAUACAAUCAGACCAAGACGCUAAGGCAGAAGAACUACCCCGUCUGCAGUGCAAAAUGAUUAAUAGGGUGAUUAUUAUUUCAAGGACAUGAUAAAGAAAUGACUGUAAAUGUUCUUCCUUGGGCUGCGUCACCCCACAGCAGUCCGUAAUGUGUGUUUCACCCUAAAUUAAUUUUACGCCAGAAUAUCCAUUUAGGUGGUCCAACUAAAGGAAAACAUACAGUCUUCUCCUGUGGCUAUGGUUACUUUUUAUAGUCAUGUUGCCUACAGCUAUGGACUGUACAUGCACAGUGGUCAGUUCUGUAUUAUUGGGCACCUCAAUUGCAAUGGUCAAAUGAUACACUGUUCAGGCAAAGCUUACAGUGCCGUUUAAAAAUAAUACUUUUGCACAUUUGGCAAUACUGAUCAAUCCUUGCAGCUUAAUUUACCUGCUUUUGUCGAUUUUCUGUAUUUAUUAUUGAACACAGUUCAUUUAAGCAAGAAACACAUAACUCUUUCACAACCACAAGCAGUGCUGAAUCUGUAGGAAAAUCUCUCCAUUGCGUGUUUUUGCUGCUGCAGGCUGUUGCGCAGUGUGCAUCCAGUAAUAGUGACAUACAGGUAAGCUGCCUGUAAAGCAGUGCUCAGAGGGACUGGCAUUCUGCUGUGGCCUUUGAUUGGCAGGGGAGCAAAUGGCACCAGCAUCUGGAGGCACUUGGAUCAAACCCUGAUAUAAAAAAAAAAAAACUGGAGACACACAUAAACACAGAGACGGAUGGAUGCACACACACACACAUUUAUGAGCACAUACAUUGAGUACAAAUGGCCUCAUGCUAACCCUCCAGCCAUCUCCUACCUCGUCUGGGGCUGAUCUGGUAUAUCCACUUUGAAGCAGCUGUGAGCACAAAUGCGAUCUCAUUAGCAUAAUCACCCGCAGAGUUUUUUCUUUCUUAUGCCACCCUUUAAGUUUAAUGUUUAAGCUAAUUUGCCAUUGAUCAUUAUUUGGCUCAAGCAAAGGGCGUAAUUAAGUCCAUCAGCCUCUCUUCUCUCACUAACAAUUUGCUGUACAGUCUAGAUUUAGUCUGAUUGAUUUAGGAACUCUGUGUAUUAGUCCGCUGCUCAUUGUGUCAUGAAUUCUACAUCUACGUUGAUGAAUCAUCUGUCUUUAUGGAUAAUAGCAGCUAAGUUGUAUGUUUAAGAUUUCAUCCAUCUUGUGCCACGGUUUCUAAACCCUUAAUGUGGCUGUUUAAAUCAGACCCACAGAGCACUGGACUUUACAGAAAGCCAAUGAUUACAUUACCCUCCCUCUCUUUACAUCAACUUAGGUCCAAUAAAGUUAAUGCUCUCAAUUAUCUACUCCCCAGUCUGGCUUUAACCCAUCUCUAUAUUUUCUCCUUAAUCAGCUCAUCAAUGGAAAUGAUAUUUAGAAUUUUCCGCCUGAUUAUGUUAAUGUAACUCCGGGAAAACUUCAAUGAUUGGUAUAACUUUUCCCCUGCUGCCCACACACACACACACACACACACACAUCCCCAUACAGACUAAAUGAUUUUUUUCUUGCAUAAUGAAAUUUAUGACCCAAGCUGUGUAUUUAUAGACAUUUUAUGGUAAUAUUUAAAUAGUUUGUAAAUGCAUGACUGUAGUGACAUUUCAGGCUUCUGCUUUCCCCGCUCACCCUGUUACCUGUAAUCCUCCACUCGGGGAUAGACCCUGUUUAACCUUGCUGAUAACAUCCCAUCUGAAUGGUGCCGAUCAGCAGAGAGUACGAGAGCUGAGUAAAAGUGCAGGGCCUCCUGAGGUCACCUCUGCUCAGUGUUACACUCCAGAGCACCAGGCCCCUUCAUUUAGAAAGUAAUUCGACUCAUUACCUCUCCAAACUGUAUGCAUGGGAAGUGUUAUGCCUGAGCAGCUAUAGGCUGUUAAGCUGCUGUACUUUAUGAGGUAUCCGCGGUGUGUGUGUGUGUGUGCAUGAGUGAUCACACAUGCUGGGUAUCUUUCUUCUGUGUCUCCAAACAUUGAUAAAAUGCUCAGAGUGAGAAUUUCCCCAUUUGCAUCGCAGCCUGCAGCAGAAGAUAAACAAACCGUAACUGGGGUUGAAUUUUCACUUUUCAUUUGCAGUAAAUCAAAAAGAAGAAAAGGUAAUAGGAUUCAUAUUAAUUUAUGAAUGCAUUCAUAGGAAAUAAGCUUGAGUCAUUGAAAAUGGGGCAUCAGAUUGUGACAUAUUUCAACCUGAUGCUGUUUUUUCAAGUUGAUGUUUUGAUGUUGUAAUUUACAAAGAAUCUGAUGUGCCGAUUCAAAAUCUGACACUUGUUAUUCACCAUCUGUUGCAUUGUUGUGAGAGUUGGGGUUCUGUAUGGUGCAGUAUUUUUUCAUUUUAAUAGAGGCAUCUUUUCUAUCACAGUACUGUCUGUAGUGUGGGCCAUUGACUACAAUGUUGAAAUCAAACUAUGCCCCCUUUUUUGUUGGGCAUUAAAUCUUUUGGAAAAUAAGUUUGAAGACUUUUGACAACUAAUUAAAAAUCUAUUAUAGUAACCAAUCAAGCAACAAAUGUGAGAAUGUUCUGCUUUUCUUUUCCACUUGUGACAGUAAACAAAUUAUCAUUUCACAGCUCAUCCAGUCAAGGAAAACAGUUGUUUACUACAAAUCUGGUUCUGCUCAAGUUUUCUGCAUUUGGAAGAAACUUUCUUCCUGUCUGCAUGCCAAAUGUUGCCAUGUGCGUGCUCAGGGUAGGGUUGUGUUUUUACUCUUAAGGAAAUGCAACAAAGAGUUUGGCCCAGCUCUUUCUGUAAAGUAGAUAAUUUAUAAUUUUAAAUUUUUUUUUACACUAAGUCAACAGGCAGAAGCUAAGCCUGUUUGAAGUCCUCAGCUUGAUGUGAGAUGAGGUGUGAAAUCAGAAAAUCGAUCCCCAUUGUUCUGUGGUUUUGACCAAUCAGAAUCAAGUAUUUAAAGAAGCCUAAUAAAAGGUGGAAAGCCAGGUAAUAAUGUGAUUUAGUAUCUCCAUGCCUGUCUUCUGUAUGGUUACACAACGGUCUCUCCUCUCCACUCUGCUUUUCCUUAUUUGUUCUUUGUUGUUUGGACCAAUGAGAAUGACUGAUAGAUUAAUGUGCAGAAGGUCCGUUCAGAUUUUUGGCCAGAAUCAAACAUCGUGACUUUAACAGUCAUUUCUAAUACACAAUGUCUUGUUGAAUUCUUAGGCACCUGUGAGUCAGGCUCUCUCUUGCCCAUCAGCUUAACUAACUGCCAGUGUGAUUUGUGCAGUGCAAUAAUACUCACAGCCAUUUCCUUUGUGAAUUAUUGGCGCCAAGAAUACCACCCUGACCUGCAAUUAAUGACACUCCAUUGAUUCAAUCCAUCCCUCUUUGGCUAGGAAAAAGAAAAAAAACUCCCAGAGGGUUUUUCCUCCCACGGGAUUCACAAGUGCAUCACAGAUUUAUUUUAUUGCUUAAUGCACUUAGUUUAAAUUUUCCCCUGGGAGAAACCCAGCAAAGCUUCUCCAAAAUAUGAACCUCAUGAACACAACUUUAAUCACGAUUGUGCUCACCAUUUCCUGUGCAGGGGAGUACCAUGUGAAUUAUUUGCCAAAGCUACCGUUGUGUUAAAGUGGAUUUUUAUGCCCAGUCAAACAUGUCUGCUUUUCAACAUUUCAUUUCACCCAGUGAGACGGAGGUCAGUUCAAGCUGGCUGACAUCUGAAUAUUCAUGAUCAGUUCAAAGUACUGUCAGGGUUGGAUAAAAAUUCAUUUUUACCAGCUCAUUUAGGAGUAUUCAUACAAUUUGAUUUGAAAUCCAGGAUUUAAAUAGCAGCCGGGAUUAUUUCCUAUCCCAGAGGAUUUCAGCCAGAAGGCUGAAGCCAGCCUAUGACACCCCAUGAUAAUUCUCUCCAUUGUUACCUUAAGAGAUGGCAGCAGGGUUAAGAAGAAAUGAUCAUUAUCCUUCUCCAGUUUCCGCUCUCUCUUUUGUGGUACAUUUUCCUGCCUGUUACCAUUCCUCCUCUGUCUCCUGUCUCAUGCCUUUGCACGCUCUACACCUUAUUGAAUCAGAAAAACUCUCACACAUGCACUGGUUGGCAGAUGACACAGAAAACCUUCCAUCAGCAGUAUAAGUGAAGGGACAGUGUUGUGGUCUGAAUCCAAAACUGGGGGGCACAGAAAGUCGCAGCACAAGCCAGAGGCAAAGGCUUUUCAGAGAAAAGUAAGGGCUCAGGUAUGGAUUGAAAAUGAUAAAGGACAGAGUUUGGGAGAAGUUUGGAGCAGCAGGCAGUUCAGCUAUAAAACUGCCAUCCUUCAGAACUUAUAGAGCAUAGAGCAUUUACCCUGAAUGAACCCCAGAUACAUUUUAUUCACUGCCAUGACCCUGUUGAUGGAUUGAUUCAUACAUACUGUCACAGGCUCUUACAGCAGAGUCCUCAUGUAGCAAGACAAUAUGACUAAAAAAAAAAACUGCACAUAUAUAAAAGAUGUUUUUAACCCUCUGGUUUUCUUUAAAAAUUCUGAAUAGGUCCUUUUUUUACUUUUGUUAUUUUACAGAGGAAAUACUCUUUUAAGACUUACAAAGAUGAUUAGAUAAAGUAAACUCCAAACAGUAGGAAGUAGCAUUGUUGUCGUUAAUAUUAUUAAACCAUAGUAGAUAUGAUGCUAUAUUUAACAGCUGUGUUCUUGUUGGUCAAUUACACAACUGAUGCUAUCUAAAACAGGCUGUUGCAAUAAGGAACAGACUGUUACCAUGAAGAACAGACUGUUGCCAUGAAUAACAUACUGUUGCCAUGAAGAACAGACUGUUGCUAUGCAGAACGAGCUACAAAAAAGGGGGGAUGAAAACUGCCUACUGCCAUUUCAAGGCAGGAUAUUUACACCCUUAUAAUGCCUUGUCUGCAAUAUGUGUUUGUGUGUGUGUGUGUGUGUGUGUGUGUGUGUGUGUGUGUGUGUGUGUGUGUGUGCGCGCAUUUUUUUUUCCAUUGUGUAAUGCUUGGAAAUAUUAUGGUGGUGAGCGGUCAUUUCGAUUUGGAGGUAGUAACGGUGGUGAAAUGGCGGACAGAGGGUGGCAAUGAGUGGUACUGACGGCAGUGCAUAAUAGUGCAGUGUGUAUGAGCGUGUCUGAGUGUAUUUAUAUGGUGUUCCUCUAUGUGUAAAUGUGCCUCUCGUGCUUCAGAAACAGCAUAAUGGGAAAUGUAAUCAUACACUUUGGGGUGGAGUCUGUACGUACAAAGUACAAAGGAGUUGUUCAGUUAAUGUAAGUCACAACAUCUAAGUUAGCUUAUUUCUACGAGGUGGUAGGGUAAACCAUUGUCAUGGACUAAACUCUAGCAAUACAGACAAUCUUGGUCUCUAUAUGGCUCAUCAUUUUUCUGUUUUAAAAAGCUGUACAGGAGUAGAAGUUUUUACCAACUCUAUUACAGCUCACUAAUACAGCCAAUUCCUUUCAGCCUCUCAGUCACAUUUGUAUUGCAGGCAGGUAUUUCUGAUGGGGUAUCAGACAAAUAAGUUGGCUUACUGCGUAAUUCUGGCACUAAAUGACCAUUAACAUCUCUUCGCCCAAGCCAGUUGGCAAAUAAAUUCUGGUAUCAUUGGACUGGCUAUGCACCAGGUGGCAGGUACAAUGCAUUCGCCAUACCUUGCUUAUUGGCUGAAUGAGUGUCACCCAAUCUGUGAGAGCAAGUGUUCUUGUUUUUUCUCCAUUGUUGUGACUGGUUAGUCAGUUUUUGAGAGCAACAGCAAAUUGUUCAGGGUUUCCAGAGUGACCAGAGUUUGUAUGCAGCUCAUUUUUUACAGUCCGACCAGCAGCAUGAGAACAAAAUGUCGUUAGAGUUGGGACAUGACCUCUAAGACAGGAUUAUUAGCCUCAAACAGGUUUUGUAUUGUUUAGUAGCAUUGUAACCACACUGAGACAACAAACCUGAACUAGAUCAAAGAUACCAUAGCUAGACCAUGUCCCAUUUCUGUAGAUUCUGCAUGUUUUUGUAGAAUCAGUCAAUAAAAGAUUAUAUAACAUCUUAUGAUGAUUAUCUGAUUUCUGCUGGCUGAUGGUCUAUGACUCACUUUUCCCACUUUACAAACUCUCUUCCACUCGUCUGUAGAGUUUUCCAGGUCUGUCAGCUCAUUAGGAAACCACUUCUUUAUUCAUCACAUGGCUCUCCGUGUGAAUAUGAGGUCAGAGUUUUCCUGAAUUUCUCUAGGAUCUAUUUCUGACCUCUUGUGUGUUUUAUAAGUGGAUUGGUCUAUUCAAGGUGUCAAUUGAAGUGAAAUGUGAAAUUCACAUAGAAAACGAGUGGUCAUAGCUGAGACAAAGGUAGAGUUUGCUUUACAAAAGUAGGUUCACCUUUAGAAAGCACACACCAGUAAAACACAUUCGCCUGGAUCAAGCAAUCAAUCCAACUUAGUAUCAAUAAUACAACCCCGUACGUCUUUACUGGCUAAUGGAUUCCUGUCUUGAUUUACUGUCUUGUCUGGUUUCCAGGUCGUAUCGGUUUGUCUGUGCAUUUAUUUCACCCUCACUGCAAUGUGUCUCUCUGCACAAGUGGACACAACAAGAUUGGAAAUCUCUUUUUCAGCGAGACCACCAUCGAUAAAUCGUGUCCAGAUGAUUCUGCUGCUUCACUCGCCACUGAUGGAGACAAACGAAGAGACGAUGAGCUCUGAUCUGAGGUGAAUCCUGAUUUCCACCUCUGCACGUAGCUGCUGAAAGAGAAAUGACCCCAUGUCACGGUGUAAAUAACUUCACCUGAACAACGUAAUGUAAAAUCCGAUGCCACAGGGCAACGCUUGGAUCAUGUUUAUGAACUUUGUCUUUGUGCAGACAUAGCAGAGAGGAGUGUGAAUGAGAGACAAUUUUCAGUAUUUAACCCUCAGCCCCUGAUUAUACAGCUGCUCUAAUCAAACCCACGAUAUGAAGUCAGAGAGAUGAGAGACACUUAUUUUGAGAUGCGGCUUGUGUGUGAUUUUGAUUCAGAAUUUCAGCAUUUUUCAGCAAUCAACUCCCCCUAAUUUGUAUGUCUGAGGCUGAGCGUGACAGAUUUGCACCAAAACUUUUGCAGGCGUCUAUGAAGGGGAGCAGAAAUAGUGGGUCAUAACUGUGGGAUCUUGCAAGUUUUUGGGUGGAAAAGAGAAGUUAAUAGAUAAAAUGUGAUGAUGGCAAAAUCUUCGGGUAAAGAGAAAGAUUGACUGUCAGACUGUUUGGGUUUAUCAGAUAAAGGAGAAGAGCACAGCGAGCUAGCAUGGCUGUCAGAUGGGAUGCAUAGCUAAUAAAAUCUAUACCCAUCUGUUUUGCAGUUACAGUCUUUGUGUCAAAAGCCCCGUCAUGAUGGGCACAGAGACAGAAAAAUGACACAGAAUAUGGAAUCACAUUAUUGAGGGCCUGCACAUUCACUGAAAUUAACAGGACUUGACAGGAUAGAGGAUUGAAAAGUCACGUUAGCUUCAGCUCAAAAUUACUGCGGCAUGCGUUGCCUGACAGGUCCUCACUGACAUGGUUAAAUACUACGGUUUGUUUGUCGACAUGGAGGUCACGUCUCGGACAUCACGUAAUCUAGUAGACUGUUCGUGACCUGAGUCACGGAGUGGCGUAUUACAUAUUGCUGAUGGCACUGAAAUGAGAUGAGAAACUGGACUUAUCUGCUUACUAGCGAAGUUGUAGCAGUCUGUAUGUUUGCAUAUCAUAGCAUCCAAAUGUCUUUCACUGUGUUUAUCAGUGUAAUUCAGUCUGUGUUUUGUUUUUUAUCUCUUAUGGUUCAAACACAAGCCACGAUCUUGCCCUGUGAUUUGGAGGCUAACAUUUGGCAAAGCUAAUCAAAAAGCUGUUUCAUAACUCUCUGGGGUUAGGUCCUUUGAUUCAGUUGCUCUGCAGAGUCAGACGCACAGUAAAGUCACUCUGUGUGCUAACACAAUCACAGCACCAGGACAGUGACCGACACCUGACCUACCCAGAAGCCAAAAAUAGCCUGUCAUUUGUUUGUUCUCAAACUUAAUACAGGCCACAUGUGCCGUGUUGUAACACACAACUCAAUUCCCAAGUGGGAAAGUGGAAGAGCAGGCUGUAAAAGAUGUCCUCACUCACAUAGGCCAGAAAUCUGACAUCCAAAUGGCUCCAUGUAUAAUGUAAGUUUUCCAGCAGUAAAUGUCUCUCGUGGUAAUAUUUCAUUGGGCCAGUCACUUAGGUUUUAAAAUGCAUACUUAAUUCUGUUGUCUCACAUCCCACAGUUAGAGAGCUAGUUCAUCCCUCAUAAUGAACCUUAUCUCCUGCUGUCCUCAACAUCUUUGACACACGUUCAGAUUUUAAAAUGAGUCAGCAGGAAAAAGCGCUGAACGGCAUCCUCCUGUUCAGAGAGCGGCUGUGGGCAAGCAAUAAAGACAUGAUAUAAAAUAUAUAACAGUAUUAAGAGACAUUUCAUUUCAUUACGAGUCUCAGUCUCCUGAUUCACUGCAACUCUCUUCCAAGCAAAAGCCUCCCCUUCCUUUUAGGAUUUUCACUUUUAUUAAAGGAGCUCUCAAUCCAGUGCCUUAAAACACUCUCAGCCUGAAUAUGAAGUGACACCAUGUUGUGAAGACUUCCUCACUUUCAGGGAAGUCCUCUCUUGUUCUGUCUGAGCGGCUACGACUGUGAUUGCUGAAAUGCUUCUCAGUGUGUCAUUUUGUUCAACACUGAGCUCAACCUUUGAAGACAGCUGAAAAGUUUCCUGUCACGACAGUGUCUGGAGGUACAUGGGUGUACGUCUUGGCUGCUUGUAAUCUCUGUCUCCACAUUGAGCUGCUGCCUGGGACAUAAGAGGAUCCUUUCAAAUCUAUUGGCAUUUUCGUCCUUUGAUAGAUAGCUUAUGUUGUUACUGUGCACUUAGAGGACUAAAUGCUUGUCAUUCUUCAUUUCUAUCCUCUACUUGAUGCACUACAGUCCGCUUUAUGUCUCUCUUUUGUGCAACAGAUGUUAACCGACUGAGUGUUUCGAGGUAUUAAGUAUACCAUGCACAUGUCACACUUGUCUUAAUAAAUUAGUGAUGUUGCUCAAUUUAAAAGGGUUGCCAGCUUUCUCUGUUUUAAUCAGUACAGUCAUUUGUGACUGUUAAGAUUUUUAAUGAGUUGAUUAGUAUUGGGAAGGAUGAUUUCAAAAGCCUUUGUAUUUUCAAGUAAAUACUCACUGUGCAUCCUGAUGUGGAGCGCUUGCUACUGAACUCUGUUGGAGGGGGUUUUGUAGAAAACCGAAAUGAAUCCUUUUCCUCCUAAUGAGCCCACAAAAGGCGAGGUAAUACAGAGUAUCAUCCCCUGUUGCGCAAUUAAACUGCAAGUCUGAAAAUAAUAAGCUAUUGUAAUGACUUAUUUUUCCACAAUGGCUGUAUGUGUAAAUGUAUCCGGGCAUUUCUCACUUGCUGUCUGAAUGGCUCUGCAGGACUCGGCCAAGCAUCCCCGGCUGUGUCUGUGCAUUCAAAUCUGAACAUAAAAAAUGUUGUUUUUUAUUCUGACCUUUUUAUUUACCUUUAUCUUUUUGUUUUCUUGCUUUUCUGUCCUGUCUCCCAAAGGACAUCACCUCCUUAAUUUCCCCAGACAACUUCUCCCCUCUUUAAUGAUGAAUUCUUUUUUCAAAAGUCGUUUUGACUGACAGGUUUGAAAUAAGUUUCAGGGGAUAAUGACAACAGAAAGCCAGAGUUAAAAGCAAGGAUCUGUUGCUUGAUGGAGUGAAUCUUGCAGCUUUAUUCAGCUUCGUUCUCCGUCAUUAUUUUAAAAGGAUAAGAAGAAAGUAGUCCUCUCAUUAGAUGGCGAAGACAGGGACUUUCAUUGCGCUGAUCUUGGGAUCAGUUGUGCCAGUUCCUUAGAAGUUUCAUGGGUUGCAGCCGAUGUUUGAAAAUCUGAGUCUUCAUGCUACGCUGUGCUGCAUUCAAGCUCUGAGAUAAUGACACUCAACAAAAGAAAAUGACCAGCUAAGCAGCCGCUGGAAGACGUUCAGAGAUGCGACAGUUCGGCCAAGCUGCUGCAGCUGCCAGCCUUUCUAUCCCAACACGUACCUGCUGUAUGCUGCCUGGAACAAUAAUUGGAACAAACUGAUCACUGAAACUCCUCUCACCAGCUUUUGGAAACAAGCUAUAGUCCCCAACAUCAGAUCAAUGACUUGAUUCUCAGUGUUUAAUCCUGUGCCAUGAUUGGCAACUGCUUCCUUUUCAUAAAUGGUGAAGAGUGAGUAGAUUCAAUAAUUGGACUGCUAAAGUAAACAGUAUCAGCAGUGAGUUUGUGAAAAUGGACUGUUUGUUGUACACUAAUAUAGACAGCCUCCCUAUAUGUCUUUUUCUUACUGGAUGGGUGCUGAGCAUUUGUGAUGGAAGAGCCAGAGCGAAGGAGUGAUCUUGUGUGUAGAGCCGCAGGACUGACCCCUUCCACUAACCCAAAACACACAUUGAACUCACUGAUAAAACAUUUAAGAUCCCUCAGGUUGGUGCGGUCUACAGCAGGUCAACAGAUUCUUGUAUUGAGUUGAUUUAAAAUGCGCACUGGUAGCUGUGAAUAGUCCAAUGGUUCUUGGUUAGUUUUUCUUUUGCUGUUCCCCUCUACUCUGGUUAUCCAGUGUCGAACAUAGCAGAUGACUGCAUUUGUCAAAAAAGCUGUCAAUUAAUCCUCUUUUUAACGUCAAAUAAUUGAUCAUUAAAGCUUAAGUUCUUAUAAACCACUUGCAGAUAAUCAGAAUAAUGGUAACACUUUACAAUAACCAUAACUUAUUAAUGGUGAGCAGAUAGUUUAUUAAUGUUUAAUCAUCUUUAAUAAAUAGUAUGUAGACUAUUCAUAAAUUGUAAAUUUUUACAAUUUUAAAAACUUAACCCUAACCCGAACUUUAAAUAACCAUCUAAGUAAUGUUCAAAGGUGGUUUAUAAACCACUUAUCAUUCACAAAGUAUUAUAAACAUCAGUUGCAACUUUACAAUAACCAUCUAAGUAAUGUUUAUAGGUGGUUUAAAAAACAAAUAUUAACCAUUUACAAAGUGCUACUGAAACACAUCUGAAUCUAGAUGUUUUACAACCAAUAUUUAAACCCUAUAUAAACCUUUAAUUAAUAGUCCAUUGAUAAUUAAUAAAUGUAGUAGUAAAUAAACUAUCAAUUUGCCAUUUAUAAUUGGUCUAUAUGCCGUUUUUAAAUGAUGAUUAAACAUAAAUAAACUAUCUAUUUACCAUUUAUAAAUUAUGGUUAUUGUAAAGUGUUACCAGAAUAAUAAGAGCCAGCAGCAGUUUUUGAGAAAAACCUUUUUGACAUGCGUCUGACCUAUGUAAGACCAGGACUGUUUCCAGUCACCAAAGGUAGUACUAAAAGUCCUGGUUCUGCCCGUUGUUUUAUAAAGUCUGUGAAAUGGACACAAUUUGAUUGGGUGAAAGCACCAACACUGCCUCAAGGGUCUACAAAAAGAUGUGGUUUGGGCUAAAGCAAUGACUAAAUCAAUGAACAGAAAGCUCUUGUAAUCCAAGUUGAUGUAAGUAUACUUCUCUGGGUUGAGAGAAUUUCUUCAUCAAAAGUUUCUCAAGUCUUUGUUUGAUGCAACAAAUGCAAGUGCGUCACAACGCAGAUGGAUGAAUUGGUACAAGCUCCAUCGAGCAAACACUGUUCUUCAAUGCACCAUCUACAGCUGACUCAUCCCUGUCCUUGCGGUUCAACUUGAGAGUUAUGCCUCAAUAAAAAAAGUGUUUAGGUGAUAUUUUCAACACAAAGCUGCCGAUUCAACCUGGAUAUUUAGUUAGGUGCAGGUAAGUCUGAGUCCAGGGUGUAAAAAAGAAAAAAAAACUAAAUGCUGUCAGAGACAUUUUCCCGGUUCAAAUUCCUCUUCCCCGUAUAUCUCAGUGCAGUCGUCCGUUAGCAUCAUUGUGCACAGAGAAGGACGGAGCAGAGCAUCCAGGUGGAACCAGCUGUAAUUAGACCAGAGAGAGAAAUGAUGGACACACAAAGCAGUCACACACAAUUUACCCGGGAAGAGAAGAUACAUAUACCCGCCUUUUCCGCAACACCCCCGUCCUCCACUGCAAUAUCUCAACUCCACUCGCCCACUUCAAUGUUACAACCAUAUAAUCACCUCACAGCUAGUUUUUAUAUGCUUUUAUUUCGCCUCUUACCUUGACCGACCCUUCCUCGUCUCUUGUGUUCUAAUGUCAUGUCUCGUUAACUUUGUUUUCACCUGAACCGUCUUUCAUAAUAUUCCUGUUAGUAGCUGCAACAACCUGUUGGCGCUUUUCCUGCUUUUUUGUGCUUUUUCAUUUAUUUCUUCCUUCCCUCUCGGCGUUCGGUGGAAUCAUCUGUGGCUUCCUAUGGUUGGUCUUUAAUGUGUUUAUGACACAAACAACAUACUCCAACAUGUUUUCCGUGAUACUUUCACUGACAAAACUAUCACCCUGUCAUCACCCUCAGCAAUAUAGUUUUAAAUCACCCUCUCCCCCUGAGAUUAUUCCUCAUCAUAAUGGGUAGUUUUUUUUUAUUGGCAAAAUGCCUUUUGGCAUAAAUUGCGGUGCUCUAUUGUCUGCUUCCAAACUGCACAUUUUCACAUUUUAACAGCUUGGCUAUCCAUCACAUAUGCCAUGUUUGUCUGUCUCCAGGGUAGAGGUGAUUUAUUAUCCCACUGGAAAUUACUGUGCUGAUGCUGUCGUUUGGUUAAAAAGACAAACACCCUGACUCUGAAGUGCUUGAAAGAGAAAUAGAGACUGAGCAGUGUUUUUACUCCCUGAUUGUCUGCACACAUCACAGCAGUUAUUUAAUAAGUCCUACUUAACUUGGUUCGAUUUUUUGGAUCUAUGGCAGGGUCUCUCAACCAAAGAGGAUUUGGCAACUUUAUCCUCCAUCUUAAUCUGACUCUCAGUGUAGUUUGCUAAAACCCUACAAUGAAUUGCAUCCAAAUUGCAUCAUCUUGAAGGUACCAUCGAAUUAAGUUUUACCAAAGUAUCUUUUACUCCCACAUUUCCACAGUCAUUAUUAUAAUGAACUUUCUUGUGGAUAAAUACGAAAAAAGGACAAGCCUUGCUGCCUCUUUUCUUUCUUACUGCAUGCAUCCACCUCAGCUAAGGAUAUCUCAGCUCCUAAGGAGUUUGAGAUGCUAUAUGAUGCUUUGGAGCUCAGUGCUAAUCAUGCACAAACAGGAGGACUAAAAGCACGAUAAAAGGGGGAGUAGAAACAAAAGUUUCAUAUCUCUUCCCAGCAAAAGAUAGUACGUUCCUACAGGCACCAUGCAGCCAUCACAUUAUUGUGUUUACAAGGAAGGAAAAGAGUCAAUAUAGACAUGACUUUAAUGCCCUUCACUGAGUAUUGAUGGACUUCUCACCAUCGAGCCGCGGCUAAUGAUAGAUGCAUACAUCUAAUGACAAACCUAUACGACCAUACUGUUAAUGUGUCACACGUGUCACCUUAGAUCAACAUUAAAAUCUGUUCACCUUCCCCUGUCCACAACCUCUGUGACGCUUUGUAUUGGACGUAACCCAGAGUUCAGUUUCUGGUUUUCUCUGAAAAACACAGAGAACAUGACAACAGUGUCCUCACUAGCAGCAAAUACUCUGAUGACUCGGACUGGAACAGCAGAGUCCUCUCUUAUUUUGAUAAGGUGUAAAGUUACUGUAGUUUUGUGGCAGUAUUAUGCUGAUGACAAUACUGCCGCUUUCUUCUCCUUUUUGUUGUGAUGGCAGCUUUUCAGGUGGCUUGAAACGAGACUAGGGAUACAGUUGUUCUAAACAGAUGAAAUUGUAUUAUUGAAAGAAUAAAUAAUGACACGUUUUAUAAAUAUAUAUUGUGCAUCCCUAAAAUUAACACAUGAGUUGUCCAGUGGAUUGCAAUUACAUUCAGUUCUAUAAUAAUAACAAGGUUUUUAGAGGAACCAAGUGAGAAUAAAAUACCUUUGAGGCCGUUUACAUGUUUGCUUUUUGCUCUGUCGAUGGCAAUGUCAAAGUGACAAAUAUCACCAGCAGAUAGUAAAGCUAUAAUUUGUGCAACAAGAACACAAAGAAGCCAUAGUUGGAGUUACAAGUUUGCCAAGUGUAAUUGGUUUUAUGCAGAUAAGUGAUUCACUGUUGGUCAGUUUGUACAACAGCUGGGCAGCUUUUUCAAGCUACUUGGCUUUACACAAUUUAUUUUGUUGCUGGUGCUCAAGUGUUUGAUAAAUCUGUGUACAUGAUGUGCAGGAUCCUCUCUUGUUAGAUGAGUGGCUAGAACAUGCUUAGAACCUGAAAAAGUCCCCCAACCCACCACAUACACUUUAGGAGCUACAAUGAGUCCAAGUUAUUGCAAUGUAAAUGCGACUACAGAAGCAAUUGCUAGAACAAAAUGAUCUAUGAGAUAUCCUCUGGUGCCACCAUUGGGUUAGAAAUCAUAGUUUUAAAAAGAUCGAUUUUUAAUUUUCUUCCCAUCCUGUUUAUCCAAGCAGUACCGGUUUCCAAACAACUACUCUGACAUUUUAAUUGACUGUCUUGUCUUUGUUGCUAAUAGGCACUGACGGACUAAGAUAAUAAUGUUCAAUACUACUCCUUUGCCAACCUAAAUUGGUAUUUAGUUUUACUUGUAUAAAAGCUCUGAUUAUAAAGCUUUAAAGCUAUUGAUUUUUUAAAAGUGGGGUUCUGAGUGUAGUAGUAACAGGGGAUCUCGAUCAUUUAGACCCCUUUGUUGAGAAAGUGACUUAAAAAGCAGAACAGAAUCUCGGCUGUCAAAUGUGAUAGACAGGACCAGUUCUACCAUGUCUUCUAGCAAAUUUUAGCAAACUCCAACUAAACCACUAUUCUCGAUGUAUGUGUAAGCCUGUCUGAAAAUGUCUUAACACUUUAUAAGUACCUCAUAUCGCCCAAAGUAUCCCUUUACAAGUCUUGUGUCAUCAGUGACUUUGUAAAGGGUUAUACUGUCACAAAAGGGUUAAUUUUGAGUGCAUCAGGAAUAUCAAAGGUAAUACACAGGUGCAUUAGGUUCACUCUAAUACAUCAGGACACAUACCGGAGCAAUACUUAUCAGUUAAUUGAUUUGAUCAUUUCUAGUUUCUAAACUACAUCUGACUUUUAUUGAAUCUGGCAUCUAAUGUUUGAUGUUUUGCUCGAAUAGGUUUCGGGUGAGUGGGGACAUGUCUGUGUGUGUCUGUGUCUCUGCGUGUUUGUGUGCGCUGGAAUGGAUAAAAUGCAGAGAGGUGAACCAGGGGCGGGUUUUUGACAAAUCUUAGCUGAUGUUGUUGAGUUUCUCAAGUGGCUUUGAACAUUUUGGAAAUAUGUCAUAUUUCAAGUUUUUAAAGUACCCCAUACCUCUGCAUCGAAAGAACAAAAAAUAGCUGAAGAUCCUUUGAAAUUCUGCUGUGCCAUACAUGAACCAAUGCAAAGUUGGUAUUCCUAUGCGAGUCAUGCAAAGGACCCCCCAGAAAGGACUGAGUCAUCCCCAACAAAAAGCUGGAAAAGAAAGAGAACAGUGAUGUGGAUUGAUUGUCCGGAUGAGUUAAAGAUGAUAAACAGACAUAAGAACUGUGCACAGCUGAGCAUUUGUCUGACUUUGUCUACCUCAUUUAAUUUUCUGGGGUCAGUAGAAGUUAAUUAUUUCCUUUCACAUGAUUUUAUCUGUGCCACACAGACAGCCAGUGCGGCUUGUGCUUUUAAACUUGAAAAAGCUGCCACUGUCUGUAAUCUCAACUGCACCGCCAUGCAUACCGAAGUGACAUCAGUAAAAAAGAGAAAGGUCCAUGUGACCUCCUUUUGGGGUUUUAUUCCACGUUGACAACUUGUUCUGUACUUUGCAUCUUUUAGCAGGUUAAAGUGGCAAGAAAAAACUUUCUUGUAACAGGCAGAGAUAGGGGUGUCCUGAUACGAUACUGAUACUCAGAUAUUGGACCGAAAAAAAACAAAAAAAAAAAACAAUAUCAGAUUAUAUCGGCCUGCAUCCAAAUUUGAAUUUAAAUGUCUGUAUGAAUGAAGAGAAAAUGAGCUGCUUCCGGGGGUCCAUGGUUGAUUUUCACAUAAGUCUUGCCCCAUGUAGAUAUUAAUUUUAGGGUGGCAUAAGAUCAGUUUUCUGAGACCCAUGCCUCCCCUGAAAUCUUCUCUUUUUUGUCUUUAAUGUUUUGUUUUCUUUUUCUUGUCUUCUCUUUACUCUUUUAAAUCAACCUAACUCAGGUUCACAAGAUUUUGUCUGUGCAUUUAGUCCAUGAUCAAAACAAUGGUAAAUUCCUCUAAGCAGCAGUCUGCUGCAGAGGAAUAUACCCUAGAUCACUGCAGAUGAACAUGCUCUGAGGCUCAAAAUAAUUUCUAUUGCCUCUAUUUAUCCCUGAAAGUGGGAACAGUCAAUCUGCUUGGAUGGUUUUAGUAAUAAACCAGCCAAGCCGACUGAUUGACUGUAGAACACCAGUGUUGUUUUUUUGGACUGAAAAAACAACCAAAAGCAAUCAAUCCUGUCAAUCCUGGUAAUGUUGAGCAAUAUUUACUGUGUGCACAAACAGCAUUUAAUAUCUCUCCAUGUCCUAACUUGUGACUCAAAACAAACACUCUGCAGGCGGCCUGUGAUAGUGGAGGUGGCGUGGGAGAGCUGUAGGGAAAAAAUGUAACUCUAAAUGUAACAUGCUCAAAACAGACCACCAAAGCUUCUGAUGGCCAGAGCUGAACCCCAGACCCAACAAAAGCAAAUCCACUUCAGACAGUCGCAUCUGAUCAAUGAAAUCUCGUCCAGCCAUGUCCCCCCUCCAUCUAACCCGUCUGUAAGAACAACGAGAUCACUGCACAAAUCCCUCAAGUGAAGGCAGCAGAGUAUCAGUCAGAGGAGCACAGAGAGGAAGGAGGAGAGUGAUGGAGAGACAGGAGAAGAAAGGAUACAAAGGGAUUAAGGAGACAUUUUACAAUGCCUGCUUGAGAGGAGCCUGUCUUUUUUCUGUAUCAAACUGUGAUUUUCCUGUCUGUAAUUACUUCCUCCACCAGACUCUUCCUCAGAUGCAGAAUUUGAGACAGAGCUGAGAGGCUGAGUUAAAGCUAAGAGCAGUAAGAGAUAAUGAAAAGUGGCAAAAAAUAAUAAAAGACAUUUCAUUUUUUGAGACAUAAUUCUGACAGUUUUCUUAAAUGAAGGUCCAGGGUUGGGGCUCAGAAAAUAGGUUUCUGCCUUUUUGAUCCAAUUUCGUCUCUUUGGUUUGUGAGGAUUUUAAAUGUAUAAUCCUCGGCACGAAGCAUAGAGCAAAUUAAUGACAGCCAUGAAAUUGAAAGCUUUAAUAUAUCUUGUGAUUAUUAUUCACUUUGUUGUGAAAUACUGAACAGAAAACUACAAAUGAAAUGUGCUUUGGAAUCAAAAAAAUCCAAUUUCAAGUUUUGUAUUGAGUGCUGUGAUUAAUAUUUUAAUAUAUCUGGUUAUUUCUGCUCUGAAAACAUUAAUAUCAGAACUGCAACACUAGACAUACAGUUUCUUUGUUCUCUCCUGCCCUGAUGCACUCAGUAAAUACUAAUGUUGUAGUUAGGGUGUUUGAAUAAGGAGAUGGUGUGUGUCGGCAGAAACAGAGGGAAGAGGAAAUAAGAGAGUACAAUAAACAAACUUGUUUUAUAAUGAGAGCGUACUGGUGUGUGAUGUUUUUAUCACAGUGUGGAAGAGGAGUCAGGUUUCUUUAAGCUGAUUAUUAAAGGCAAUUAAAGAGGGAUUUAUCUUCAAGAAUAGUCGGGUCUGGAGCAUUGGCUGUAUUUGAACCUGGAGGACAAAGAGAAGGACUGUGUUAUUGUUUUGGAUAAUUCCCUAAUAAGUUAUUCAGCUUUGACUGAGGGCUAGCAUGUGUGUCCACUGACAUCCUUGCUCAUUUGCUGUUUUGUUAUCUACAGCUCCUGCCUGGAUACCUGAUGAGGAGCAUCAGAUCAUUAGUUUUGCGUUUACAGCACGCAUAGGAAAGAGCUGUGUAACAUAUUCAGUGUCUAGAAGAUCUAUUAGAGAUGAGACAGGGACAAAGUCAAAGCUAAACGAACACCAACCCAGAAGGAUAAGUGAGACACGAUUAGGAUACUUGGCUUGUUGGAAACAUUUCCAUCAGCGAGCCGCUAACUAAGAUUAGCCUCCAAAGCGGCUCAACCUUUGGUCUCAAGUGUUUGAUUAGUUCAAAGUCUGAUUUAGAGCAGGUGGGGCGGAGAUGUUUUCAACUCUAUUGGAAACCUGCAGCGAUCCCACCACAGCAAAAUAAGGGAGUUCACAUUAAAAGAGCUAUCGUGAGCUUUUCAGUGCGGCACACAGUGCUGAAACUUAAUUGAUCAUUUAAAUCUUUAGACAUGCCGACAGGAGCAUUCAGAUUCUGAUGUUUAUAUGUUGAAUGUAUUUUCAAAAAGACCCGUUCAGUUUGUUGAGAUUCAUGUGGUUAAGAGUGAGUCAAUGAGUCCUCAUAAAACCUCAGACAAGGGGGGCCUGACUCAGAGUAGGCCAUGAGGACUCAAGACUUUACCAAGAGUCUCAAGGUUUGAUUGAUUAUGAUCGUGAUUAAUGAUCAUGAUGAAUUUCAUUUCGAUCAUAAUGAUCAGCUGUGAGCAUAUUUACUCGAUCAAACUUAGCAGAAAUUUUUAUCACAACAGCCAAUCAGAGUCGAGCUUUUUCUGCCCACUUCUGUAAGUUGCCGGAGAAGUAGACAGGAGAAGUAAACAGAAUGAUCGAAUGUGGAGCUAAACGCGGAGCUGAGGGCAGCAAAAUAGUUGUCAGCCAUGACUUUGAGUCAUCCUCCGAAGGUGCCAUUGUUGAGAAGAGAAGUUAUUCAAUGUCGGUUGUGUGGUAGUGGUUCGGGUAUCUCCAUGUGAUGCCAUGCAAUUAAGCCGAUGUUCAAAGUAUGUCAGCAGUUUUUCGUGUUUUUUUUUUUUACCAAAUCACCCAGUCCUUGCUACUGCAGAGAACUGUUGGUUUGUGUUGAUUGUGGUGACCCCUGUGGACAGUCUUAGCAUUAUUGUGAUCUUGACCUGUUUAUUCAAAGAGUAGAAAACAAAGAACUUUACAGAAAACUCACAAUGAUCUGAUCCCAUGCUGAGAUUGCCUCGUGUUAUGAAACAGGCCAAAGCUGAUGCCUCUUAACAAUCUAAAGCUUCUGAGACUGUCACUGACAAAAUUAAUUAUUUUUAUAUUGUCUUUUUUUUUGCACCAAGGUAGGUGUUGGAUGAAGUCCUCUCACUAGUUUGCUUUGUCAGGUUGUGUAGUUAUCAGAAAUAACAUCAGUCUGCUUAACAUAUGUUCCAUAACAGCUAAAAUUCUCUUAUCUAACAGGAUGACAUGAAACAGGGUUUCCUUCCCCCUGCUAGACUCCCCUGGCACUGAUUAUAAGAUGAUGAGUCCCAGCUUAGAGAUGCCUUAAAGGUUUCCCCUCCCGCCCAGCAGACCCCCUCCCCAGAGUCCAAAUGUCCAUACUGCAUGGUGUCAGCAAUAGAGCCUUCAAGUGCUACAGAAACCCUGAGAGACCAACCACUGUGGGGUCUGUGUGAAGCUGUCAUGACAGCCUCAUUUUUCUAAUCUCAUGGAGUGAAUAUAAGAGCCGUUUCCUCUCUUACUCUCUUAUAUGAAGACAUCUUACAGAGCCCUCUGGAAUAAAAGAGACUGUCAUUACAUUUUCAAAACAUUGCCACUUUGAUUUGCACACUAAUGAGAGAGAACUGAUUUUGUUCACGUUAAUAUUACCCCUUAAAGCUCAGCAAAUAGUACAUUAGAUAUAUUAAAUAUUAACACAGCAUUAUCUGUGUGUUUACACAACAGUGUUUCCUCUUUAAUGAUUGUCUCCGAUUUUGUGACGGAGCUGCUAAUGCAAGUCAUCAUGUUUUUAUGAGGUCAUGACAAUGAAACAGCAGAAAUGUCUAAUGUAAGGUAAUUAACUGUUAAUUUUGUUGCAUAUCUUUUAAUUUGGAGCACCAAUUACUGAAUUCAUACUCAAGUAAACAUGCUAAACACUAUACAUAUGAAUAAGCGCAAAAGGCUGAAAAUGUUGGAUCUGUGAAGUGUAAAAAAUAAGCUUUAAACAUGAAGAAGAAAUAUUUAACAAAUUUUUAUCUCAAAUGAUUGUUCAUAAAUUGCUUUCCCUAAAGAGAGAAACAACCAAUCAUGUAAUUCCACUGGCAAGGACAAACAAGAACUCAAAAUGAACACAUAAACAGCCAAUCCUGUCUGAAGUGAACUGGCAUCAAGUGAAGUCACGCUCUGAAAAACAAGAGAUAAAUUCCCUCAUGAAUUUCAUGAGCUUUAACUCUCCAGUGAAUUUGAGGAACAUAAAAGCAUGAACGUCUGACAUGGCAGGAAUUCACCUAAAAGCAACUUGAGUUGGGUGUUGACCUGUAAUUACAUCACAUCCUGUGAGUCUAAUGUGCUCCUUCAGCCCCCCCUCGGUGGACUCAUAUUCCAGCAGUAACUUCACACAUACAUUGGCUAAAAUCUCCUUUGCCCAAGGGCUGAUCUGAUGUCUGUUUGAUGGACGAGUCUCCAUCCUCCAAAGACUCGCUUGGUCUUUCACAGUGGAUCACGAACUGAGACUCAUCUCUGCUUUACAUUAGAGAAGAUUGCUACACUUGCACCUAAGUGCUAUCUAUAAAUUAAAAGGCAGAAACAUAAAUUGAUCUGUUUUUAGUUUUGAAAGAGUAAGGUUAAAAGAUUAAACUCGAUGCAUCAAACAGGCUGCAGUUCAUCUUCCCUGAGGAGAAAAACAUAAGCUUAUAUCAAGCUCUGGCACUCUGGCAUCAUCACAUCUUUCAAGUUUGUUUCAUUUAACUUUAAAUUUUCACAGGAUUGAAGGUUAUAAAUUCUGUUAAUAUGGUGCGAUUCAUGAUUCAGAUCAAAUCAUCUGAGCGUAGACCUGAUAACCUUUGUAAAUUCUUAAGUCGCAGUUCGCAGAGUAAACAUAAUUAUAAGCUGAGCAUAAACAGCAGUCAGUAUCAUGAAGAGACAUUUUCAAAUUGUUUUUUUUUUCAGUCUAGGAGCAAAUUAUUUCCGUCGUUUCAGGGAGAGUCAACUGUUAAUGGUGAAAAUGUGUGAGUCCUCUCCUUGACAAUCAGUGGAGGCUGUUUGCAGAGGUGACAGCUUCCCACAUAAAACAGAGAAACACCAUCAAAGUACCGUAUUAUGUCUGGUUUUCUUUCAUUGGAGCGGUGCUUGCUUCUCCGAUGGCGGUUUUCAGUAUUUAUUAUUGUGUCUUUAUUUUAAAGCCUUUGGGAAAUAAAGGACUUCUGUCAGAGAAAGCUUUUAUUUGUGCUUUUUCCCCUCUAAGUUGCUGCUACGUAAACAUGCUAAGCACCAUCUGCAUGAAGCCCAAACUAAGAGCUGUUAGUUUUUACAGAAACGUUUGGUAAAAAAUUCCAUCUUUCAGAUGCUUGAUAUCAAAACUUCUGACAAACAGAAGGAGAUGGGCACUAAGAUUUCAUCUAAUAAUAAGAUUAUGCAUGUUCAAGUGAAGGUGAGAAGUGAGAAAGUGUAAAUAACAGCAUUACUGUCACUUCACACCAGCCUACGUCUCUCUUGUUGUCCACAAAGGCAGCCUGUCACUGUCCCUCUCUUUGUUCCACGCAAUCAACACAACCUGCUCAGAUGCCCAAAUGUCAGACAAUUAAACUUGGACAGCAGACGUACCAAAUAUCAAGGCCAAAUUUUAAAAAAGAUUUUUUCAGGAAAUACUUCAAACCAAAAGGAUCAAAGAAUGAAUGAAAUCAGUGUUAAAGCAAGAUUGUAAAGCUUGAUAGCAAUACGAUAUCACGCUGUCAAGAAAAGAUCUUGUGUCUCAAAUACCCUGUGUAAAAUCUGUCCUGUUUGGUGACUCCUAAUAAGACAAGACUCAACGUUUGAGCUGAUGAAGGUAAGGGCAACACCAGAGAUUUAGAGCCCUUAAAAAAAUACCCCAUUGGGCCUUACCAUUUCAAUUAGAAACCACCCCAACCUUAAAAACAUUACACUUGCAUGGGCAGGGAUGCAGUUAAAUAAGUAACGUGCUUGAGGCAUUUUUACAGUUCAAAUGUCAUUUGCAUGAUGUUAUUCUCACUGGAAAGUUCUGAUUGGAACACCUUUUUUGGGCUUAAAUGAAACUAAAAGAUAAAUUAACUACUGUUUUAAAUGAAUUCACACUACCAUCUAUAAAAUAGUUUAAAAAGGGGGUGAAAUCAGCAGAUUUUAUUUAGAUAUAUUCAUAAAUCAGUGUUUAAAAAGCCACUGAAAAGGUACUAUUUACUAUCAGAGUAGGCUGUUAAUUAUCAUAUCAUUAUUUGAAUCUUAUCCUUGAUAUUUUUGUGAAUGUCUGUAAAUCCAUCAUGGUAUUAACAGUUUGAACAGAAUCUAAAAGUGCAAAUUUAUCUCAAGUUUUGGCUGUAACUCAAGCCGCCCUUUUCUCAAGAUGGUGAUAUUUGAAUACAUACAGGUGGCAAACCUGAGCGUUAAUUUGAAUUUGGAUCGGUUGCGCGCCAGCAAUGAAAACAGGUUUCUUUCCAAAAUCACCCGAUCCUGUCCGCCCCCAGAGAGAGAGUGUCUUUAAAACCAUUCAUUAAAUGUCUUCAGCACUGACAGAAUGUAAUGUGAUAUUUUUGGUAAGUGUACAUUAGCUGACUCUAAAUUUAGUGCUACUAUGACAGUGGAAAACGAUCAUUUGACUGAAUAUGAGGCAUACUGUCAGAUAACUCCACUGCUGGAUCAUCAGGUUGAUUCAAAUUAAAAGUUGAAAUCCGUAGCAAACUUAUAAACAGUGAAGCCCUCACCAUGUAAAGUACUGUACUUUACCGUUACUUAAGUCAUUAUCCUAUAAAACAAAUUACACAAAUGCAAAAGAUUUCUGCAAAAUCCACAUGAUGAAGUUAUUUAGGUUUCAAAACAAAGAGAGAAGAAUUUUGACAAUCAUACCAAUAAUAAAACAACAAAAAAGUAACAUGAGAAAAAUACACAAAGACCACUAAUAGAAAAUGAGUAAGUAAUCCUGGUCAACAAAACAUCAAACAAAGCUUAAAAUGACAGUAAUUUCAUUUGAAACAGUGUACAGGUCUGUACUUGUGUGUGUGGUUUUAACUUUGAUUGUAUUUCUGAAUUUUGUCCUCACGCUGAGCUCAGCUCAGGCAAUGAAACAUAGUUUUGAUGUACGGGACAGGCAUCACAUUUCCACCAGGACACACACAGUCAAUUAUGUUGACUGGCAAGAAAGGACAGCAACCCAGCGAUUUUCGGGUGGAGAGAUGACAAACACAGUAGUAAAUCAGAAAAAUCCCUGCUUAAAUUUAGCAGCUGGACUGUACAGAAGUCCUCUCAAUUUUCAAAAAAAACACAUCAGUCCAUGGACAUUCAAAUGUGAUCAGAAAUCAUGUUUCCUAACAUACAUGAACUGAUAUUGGAUGAGGAUUUUCUUGUCCAACAAUCCAACUUACUCCUAUACAAGAUCCCAAAUAAAUCAGGGGUUUCACUUUGACUACAAGGAUUACAAAAUCAACACAAACAGAAACUAACUCAAAGAGCUUCCUCAGAGAAGAUGUUGAGAUGUUGUCUGUCAGCUGAUUUAUAGAGGUUUGGUUGCCCUACCUGAGGCGGCAGGAUGACCAUGCCCCCUGUUGUCCGACAGUCUCAGGACAUCAUCCAGUCCUCAGUCUGUUUUCUGUUUUGUUGCACACGGGCAUGUAGGACCUCUGCCGCAAAGCCAGCGAUGUUAAAAGGCUUUGCAGCAGGAGGUCCAUACGUAGAUGCUUGCUCUCAGUGUUGUUUUGUUGUAUGGAUAAUGUACUGAAUUUUAAACAUUAAUUUACAGUUCCAGGCAUGUCUUUGGACAUUUUAAAUAAGAGCUUUGCUGCACACAAACAACAUUGUCAAGAGAUAAUUACUAGGGAAAAAAAAAAAUUAGCACAUCGCUCAGCUGGAUAAAAGCCCAAUCUUUGAACACCACCUGCUCCUGAGUGGGCUGGGUUUGCUUUCUGCUGCUCAUUAAGUAUAACCACAGUGGCUUCUGUCUUUUUGUAUUUAAGGGCAAAACGUAUAGCCAUGGGUUGACAGUCAUGUCUGUGUAUUCUUCUUUUAUUGUCAUCAAAACAAGGCAUAAAAGAAGAUUUGCCGCUCCAUGAAUAUGUUUAGCAGACUGCUGUUUUGAGCAGAAAACAGCAUAAGCUUUUUAUUUGAAUUCUUUUUACCACAGGAGAUACAGGGGUUUCAAAGGUCUGUAAAAAGUGAAAAUAAAAGCAGAAACAAAACAACAGAAUAAAGUAAAGGAGUGGGUGAAAAACUUCUCCUCUUUUAAACACAAGCAGUGAUUCAAAAUGUAACCCGGACCUUACUUUUUUAAGGCCUCUAAAAGGGUUUGACAGAGAAACAGUGAAAAUGUCACAUUGAAGGGAACAUAAUGGAUUUGGGAACAGAUUUACUGCCAAGUUAUGUUAGACGUCAUGAGGUCAGAAUGAUUUAACUUGACGGUGUUGGGCGCUGAGCUUUACAAAACUGUACAAUCUUUAAAUCAAUUUGAAAAUCUGAUCCAGGGAAGUUCGUGUUUUUAUUCUCUGCGGUGUUGCCUGCAGGGCUGACGGAGCUCAAGCUCUCACAGGAGAAUGGAGAGCUGAGGUAAUCCGAGCGUGAUGAAACACAGCCACAGAUUACUUUCUUUCAUCAUCAGGAGGAGGAAAGUUGCAGAAGUUUUAAACCGAAGUGAUAAAAAAAGGAGGGUGCAUAAUGCAAGUGUUCAAAGUGAUUAGAAAACAUGGACAGCUUUCAUACCAUGAUUUUCCCCGAUGUUUACAGAGAGAGUUUGCUGUUGGUGUGUGAUGCAUGUGUCACUUAAACAAACAAGUCUGCAGUCUGACAUGCAUUCGUUAAUGCAGCAGAUCCCGGAUGUGGGUAUGCCCAGAAAUUCCCGUUCCGCAGUUGUUUGCGUGCCCUGACCACCAAACACUCAAAGUUAACUCUUUUAUUGAUCUGGGUUUUGAGUGCUUUUGUCGCAAAGCACCAGAGUGAAACAAUAAAUUAUUGGAGGCUUUGUGGCAGCUGAGGUUCAGUGUUUUCCAGUUGCUUGCAAAAACAAGAAGUCUGUUUCCUCAGAAAACCCUUUUAUCUCCGACGACCCGAUUUUUCUGCUCUAUUUGGAUAACCAACUCUCCAAACUUGGUCCUUUGCCCCCUAAAAUAUGUAGUGUAAAACAGAUGAAAGUAUGUGAGAUUCCUGUUUACUCCUGAGUGCACAUGAGGGGAGUACAUUACAUAAAUGAUGCUUCGGAGCUGUAAAGUGAGUGAUUCUUAACCAUUUUGGGACUUGGAAGAAGAAUAGAUAAGUUAAUGAAGCGUUGUGAUAGCUCAGGCAGGAUAUAUACUGUAAGUCAUGUGCAGCGAGCAGCUGAUCGUCAGCUGAUCCAACAAACAUCAAUCACAUUCAGUGAUUUAAACUCACACUCAGGCUGCCAGCCUCCCAUUCAUGCCUCAUCUGUCAGUGAAAAGAAAACACAUGCUACCUAAUGAUGAGUUAACAGCUGAUAAUGACGCUUGAAUGCAUAGAAGAGAGGCAGUUUCACUCAAUGGAUGGAAGGAUUUAUAGGAAAUAUUGUGUUCAUUUAUUUUUCCUUUUUUUCUUGAUCUCCUCAUCUGUUUAUUUUAAUGUUUAUUGAACAGGGACCAUAUAACAUUGGCACAAGAAAUGGAAAAUGUGAUGCAUACAAGAUGUCUAGCUUCAGCUUGUUUACAGGCUUUGUCCCUGGUCAGGCUUUAGUGUAGGAUAAAAUAAACUGAAUACUAUAAAUGGAAUAAUACAACUACAGUGGAUAAUACAGUACAGUGAUUGGCUAGAUGACACAAAUAAAUAAACACGGCAACAAAAUUUAGGUUAAACAAUUACACAAGAUAAAUUUAACAGAAAACAUUGAUAGAGUGCUGUAUUGACCCCUAGAAGAAACACAAAAGCACAAAAUGGACAAUCUUAAAAAUAGAUGAAGAAAUAAGAAUAAGAAAAUCCACAUUCAUACUGACACUUCAAUAUAAACAGCAAAAGCGGUAGCUCAAAUAUACUCCAAAUGUGAACGUCAUUCAUACUGAAGUUUGGAAAAUGAGUCCUCCUGCAGGUCACAUUAACCUCUCAACAGGAAAUUACUUUUUUGCAGCUUUUUUCACUAAAUCAGGAUGCUAACAAAUAAUCGUGUUUUUUCCAGUGGAAGCAGGCAAUAGUGAAAUACAUGUGGAUUGUUGUGAUACAGCAUGACCAGGUUUCAUUGGCAUUAAUUUUGGUGUUUAUUGUCUAUGACAGCAUGUCAUGUGGUGAACUCUCUAUACAUCAAAAGUUGAUCUGUCAUAUAGAUUAUUGGAAAUAUGACAAAUUUUCAUCCCUUCAGUUAAGAUGUGUCUCUGUUUCUUAAAACUUGUGUGAUUUAUGCUGUGUUCGAGUUACCUCAGAAGUCAGAUGUGCGAGCCGACUUACCAGCAUAAGUCGGAAGAAAGCAAAUCGGUGGCAGAAACAAGAUGGCUACAUCUACGAAAGUUAUUUUAGCGCUUGUUUUGUCCGAAUAUAAGCAAGGACAAGGCAAGCGCUACAAUAACUUUCCGACUUGGUAACUGAAAUGCUGGUAACUCGGGUGUGACGUCAUUCCUGGCUCAGACAUCUUACUUCCGAGGCAACUCAAACGCAGCAUUAGAGAACACUCUUAUUUAAGAGUAUUCUCUUUUUAUGUCUUUAUACUGAUACACUUACAGGAGCGACAAUCAACCAGAAAAAUAUUUGUUCAUGAUUCACGGUACUCCGUAUUUCUACAUGUAAGAGACAAGCUUCAGACAGACUCAGAAAAGGCAGGAAGUGCGACUGUAUUUAAGAGUUUUCUGAGAUGACAACCCGGAGCAACAUUAAUUCCCACACUCUAUAGGUUCAGGUCACUGUGGGAAAAAACAGAAGAAGAGAUAAUGGAAUAAUAUCAGUCCAAUCCAGGCCUCAGGGGGAAUGUUCCUUCCUGCUAAAUCUUUUUAACUCCUGCUUUCCUGUCAUCCCUCCUGCUUUUUUCACUCCCUUUAACUACUUUGAAGCCCAGAGGUUCUUCACGGGAGAGGCGAUAAUGAGGGGAACUUUAUUCUGACAUGCUUUUUUCUGUAACAUAAUCAUCAUAUUAUAUAUCAGUUUUAAUGCACCAAUCUGGCUCUACUCGACAUCAUUCUCCUCAGGAAUGACUGAGACACUUGAGUGGUUAUGGUGUUUAUCUCUGUCCUCUGUCUUACUCCCUCUCAACACUGUUUACAGGAGUUUAAGGGCCUCAGAACCUCCUCUUUUGGUGUUGUCAUCUCCAAAGAGAAACACUAGAACCUUUGGGGAGAGAAAAGCAAUGCAGUUUGAUUAAACGUAAGGAAGUUCAAAGCUGUGCUUCAAGUGGAAAAAAAUAAGUGCCUGUACUCCCCUUGUUCAAUUGUUGGUGUGCGUGUCGUGCAGAGAGUAACAGAAAGUCUGAAAUGACAGAUUUAACUCAGUCCUCUUUGUGCCCUUGUGGAUCCAGGACAUCAUUGCUGCCAUUUUCUUCACUCUUAAGAUUUCCCUCAUUUAUUUAACACUGUAGAGACUUCUGAGUUCACAUCAUUUGGCAGUCCUCCACGGCAAAAAUAGACAAGUGAGAAUCAAACGGGUGAGAGCAGCACAUAAUGUGCCAUAGGUAAUCUAUUUGAAGUGCUAUCACGAAAAACCAAGAGAAACGGUGGUUUGAAAGGACAGAAAAGGGUACUGGCAGCAGGUAAGAAGUCCUGGUAUGCCAUAAAAAGCCUUGUUACUCUAAGAGGUUCAAUGCUGAAGUGUCAGAUGUGGUUCAAUGCAACUAAAAAAGAGUGAGGGAAAAUCAUCCUUGGCACUGCCAGAAGCAAAAAGAACUUUUUUUUCUGGAGGAGUAAUCGACUAAUUAAAAGGAAAUUCAACACUGUCACUGCUCUGUACUGCUUCUUUGCCAGGUAAAGACAGGUAAUUACAGACAUGUGGCUGCUUUUAUCACAUUAUGAUGGUAGUCCAGCAGUGUAAUAUCAAUAAACACUGUGAUUUGUGCUGCUAGUUUUCUGGCUCCAAGCAUUUAGAUUUGCAGGUGUAAUGUGAUUAUGACAAAUGAAAGUUCUCAGAUUGUGGUUAAUUUGAGGCAAAUAGCACAGGAGUACUGAUUAGUGGAAGACUGAUCUGUAAUGUAAUUACACACUCUGCCUGUGUUAACCUUUAAAGAGUGAGUGAUAUGAAACAUUUUGCUUUCACUAAGCCCUGGUAAGAAAUUUGAAACAGAAGAAGAAAAUCGAUCGCAGUUGCAUAUUCCUACAGUCAUUACAGCCAAAAUGUAAUUUGGUUGUGUGAUUCCUUUAUAGCCUGAGAAUGAUUUUUAUGGCCCCAACCACCCACGUAAUAUUCUGGGAGCCUGCUCUGGUCUGUGUUGUCUCUCCCACUCACAUUAGCCAUGUUGUAAGUGCAAGAGGAGUUAAAGAGAGGCUUUUUCCACUCAGCAUGGCUCCAUACAGAGAGUCAGAGGCUCAUGAAGACCUCAUCACUCUCCAUCCUCAUAAUGUUCCUGUCAGAGAGCCGGAUGAGAACUAUUACAUGCCACAGAUCAUCAUUCAUUUGAUGCAGCCCCCCAUCCCCCACCCCUCCAUAAAUGCUGGCAGUUUUAUUAUGCAAGAUAUUAGUCGGGUUGUGUGUUAGCUCAGCAGUCUGCCUCGUUAUGCUAAUCUCUGUAUGUGCUUUGUUGUUGGAUGGAUGGAUUGCAGCAGUCAAAGGGAUUACACUAUUCAGUUUGUGUUCCACAAUGUGUCUUUCUUCCCCCUAAACCAGCUCCAUUGUAAUCCUGCCAAAAUAAAGUCCUUGGCUUUGAGGGGAGUCUACUUUAUGUCUUCCUCCUGUUUCGGCUGUUUUCUGACAGACUAAUAACAACAAGCUUCUGCGGCAGGACCAAUUGUCAGUGCAGCUGAUCCAUCACUCGCCUGUCGCCAUUAGCAUUUAAGCUUCAUCAGCCAGCAAGCACCCAAUAAAAAUAUAAUUGUGGGCUAUUAAAUUUCGACUUGGCACUUAUCCAGCAGCCGAAACAGGCUUACGAAGACGAUCUCAAGAUGUUUUUACCUUCAAUAUGAGAGCUGCAGGUUUUUAUUUCACUUGUUUAUAAUAUUUUUGCUCCUAUAGGGGUGCUCUAUUUCAACAAGGACUUGUAAAACCUUUCUUUUUAUGCAGUUUUGUCUUGAUUUAUUCUAUGUUUGAUGACAUUCUGAUCAGAUGGCGUACUGGUUUUGCCCAUUGGUUUACACGCCCCAUUUGCAAAGGCUACAAUCCUUGGAGCAAGCAGCCAUGUGUCGCAAAGUAUGACUCUUUUCCCAGUGUCCUACUCUAUCCUUGUCAUCUCUCUAUAAAGGCAUAAAAGCUCAAAAAUAGUCUUAAAACAACUUUCUACUGUGAGACUCAGUCUUUUGUCUCUACCUGGCACAUUUACUCACAGUUUUGUUUAAGCUCUUGUAAGGAACUUUUUAGUGUUCAUCCUUAUACCUUCCAAGGACAAAAGCCAGUGUCUUAUCUCUUUAUUGAUGCUGUUGAGUAAAAGUGUGUUUUUGAAGACAAAAAUUUCUCUUCUACUUCGAAGGAAUCAAAUGUAUCACUCAUUGUGAAUCUUGGACCAUGGCAAUUGUAAACUCUUCCUGAACUGACUCAUACCCAGUGGCAGCUAUUAGAGGCUCUGGAUGUAGCUUAACAGAGCGAAACAAUCUUGUUACCAAUGGUCUCGUUUGCUUUUGCAGGUCGUUCAUUUUAGUCUGUACUUUAAGAAGCUGUACACUCCUCACAGGAGCUGUAAUUAAUGAACACUGUUGCUGAUAGGUAUUUUCAUUAAAGUCCAUUUGCUCUUGAUUAUCACAUUACUGACUUUGCUCUUUGCUCGUUCAGGCAGAACAUGUUUGCCCAGGUGACCUACUUUUGCAGCCUUUGUUUAUUUGCCUUGCCAUCUUCCAUACUUUAUAAUGUACCCAUGCAAAAACAGACUGCUGUCAGUAGUUACCAAGAACUUUUUUUUCUGCAUAUUCAUGAUUUGUUGCACUGAACCCAUGAAUACAUUGCAAGAUCUUUCGCAAUUUUAACACAUUUUCAGCUCAUGUACAUACCUUUAUCUCAGUCUCAGACACCUACAUUAAAUUUGCAUCUAUCACAUCUAAGGCUUGACUUCUUCUUCUUUUAUUUCACACUUAGAAGAACUGUAAAAAAAACUAUCUCGGAGCUGACUUCUGUUUGCACUUCUUGAUCCUAAUAAGUUUUGAAUCCCAGUUGAUUAAAUUUAAUACAUAUAUACUCCAAGGUCAGAAGAGAGGGGAUAAAUAAUAUAACAUAAGUAAACACAAGAAAGGUAAUCCAGAUAUUUUCUAUGAGGUGCUGAGCCGACAGGGGCAUUAACUAUUGAUCAAAGGAGGUGAAAUGCAAUCAGAUCAGAUAAAUUCAAUCUAUAUCUGGAGGUAAACAACAUAUCUCUCUCUCAUCAAGUCUGCGGUAUUUUUCUGCGGUUGGUCUAAUACAGCUGCAUACUAUAUAGCUCUUCAAACAUUGGUUUGACAAGGUCUUCUUUACAAAUUCACUCCAUAGUUUAGGUCUAAUUUCUCCUAGAUGUCAGAAGUUAAAGGGUGUUGUGGUGUCGCAUUAAGGAGAAGGAGACAUACUUUUAACCUUGAGGGGAAACUCUUAACUGUCAGUAGUAGAGCCUGUUGUAUCUCAAUCAGGAGGUUUGAAGUUCAAGUCCAAGCCUCCCUGUUUACAUGCAGAGGUGACCUUGAACCUUAACACAUAACCUCAGUGAUACCAAUGGUGUUUACAUGGUUUCAGUCAAAACUGUUGGGCUCUGUACAAAGCAACCUCUGCUGUAAGUUUAAGAAUCUGGUGUGAAUGUGACAUGUCAAAUGAAACCACUCUAAAUGGUCGGAAGAGUACAGAAAGUGCUACAGAGUGCCAUUCAAAAACCAUUUGUACUUUUGGACUUCAUCCUGAAACCCUCUGAUGCCCGAGCCAAAUCCUUACAGAGUGAGAAACUGCCACCCCACUAAUUUUACUGCUUUGUAUUCCUGUCACUCCCUGAUUGCUUUAUAUGAGCAACUCUCAGCAGAGCAGAUGCAAGAUGGCUGACCCCUCAGCAACUCAGCUCCAGAUAACAAUGUUAUCCUCUCCCAGAGUGUGAAAAAAAAUACACCGAUUAUCUGCACUUAAACUUGUCAGCAGCUAAUUUUGUCAUCCAUAUUUGUGGUAAAAUCGACAAAACAGUUUCACUGUAAUUAUGACAAUCUAUUGGUACUUUCUCAGGGAAAGACAAGUGAUUUUCCACCUGUUAAGUAAUGCAUAAUGUAUAGUAAGCAGAGUAGAGUCCUGACAGCAUGAGCAGAACCUCAGGGUGAGAGGUCUUCUUGUCUUACCCUUACAGUGUGUUGUGUCUCGCAGUGCUAUGUUAUCAAUAAUGAAUACUGGCCAAUGAGAACCAAGUAUUUAACUCAGCUGUGCAAUAGCCCUAAAUAUCAACAUCUGGCGUCAACACAUAUCGCUAAACCACAGCUGACAUUAUGAGAUGCACAGAUCUUGUUGGUUAUGGUCCAACUAUCGAAAGACUACAGAAUAUCACAAUAAUAAACAUGAUAUGCUGAACACUAAAUAACAAGAUUUAUAGAGUAGUCAUCCAGUCUGAUACAAAGGAUGAUAGAAAAUAAAGCCAAGAGGAAUGACAGGUCAGUGCUACAAUAAAUCAAUUUUACUAGAUGGAAUAUUUCAGUUUGUCUGCAUGUUUUUCCUCAUUUUAUCUCAUUGUGUUUGAAAACAACCAUGACCAACUUAUGUCUGUUUCUUUGAUUUGACCUUUCCAGAUCAAUGCUGCUCACUACAAGAGGAGCUAUUGAUACCGAGACAGGCAGAUGAGACCACUAAGACUCCCCCUGAGACUUUAGAGAAUCAAAUUUAGAAGCUAUUUUAAGCUCCAGUGCCAGGUACACUCGUGUCACCUGGGUUGAUAUUAUUGGAUGAAAUAUAAUACAACGUCUGCCAGGUCACUGUGUGUUCGUUUCAGUGCAUUACAGUGUGUUGGGGGAAAAAAAAUCAGCCAAGGAGAGCGGGAAUAGGUUGGGCAACCAGGGGCCAGCAAUGUACUGUAUGAGUGAGUGAGACAGAAGAGGCAGCCAGAGAUGCGAGACUGUGUGUGUAUGUGCACGUCCCCAGGAGUGCUCAUGUUUGUAAUAUAGUUAACGCUUUGUUAACUGUCUGUGUAAGCCUGUCCACAUCCGCCAGGAGAAGUGUUUGGACUGCAUUAUAACCAGUUCAGUCAGUGUGUCCUCUCUUUGUGGCGAGACGGCACUUGGAUUAGUUUCAAGACUUUCUUGUAUUCACCUUGUUGACUCAGAGCCCUCUCAAGUGUUUGAGUCUUGGAAAUGGACAAUGUGUGUGUUGCACAAGAGACACAGUUUGUGAUAGAGUGUGUGUGCUUGGGUCACACUAAAUGUAAAUGUGGAAGGGUUAUGAAUGCAAUUAGUCCCCAUCUUUAAUAUGUUUUUUUUUUUUUUUUUUUGCCUUUUUCUAUCAAUGAAUUGCUCUGUUGAGUAUUUAAUUUAAUUUAUCUUUACUGAUAUUGAUAUUGACAUCGAUCAUUUUAAAGUUGGUUUCCUGUCCUUGUCUCUGUAUUGCUUCUUUGUGUUUAUAGCAUUCAAAUUAUGGAAAUAUUGGACAUGGCUUUUAGUGAUCUUUUUUUUGGCACUGCCAAGAUAGUGUUUAUUUGUUAAUGUCGUUUGUUUACACUUUCAAAGAGAAACUAGCAAGAAAUUAUUUCAGGAUGAUGAGGUGAUUGGAGGUCGUGAGGAUGCUGAAAAAGAUGACAUUAUCGUGCACAGAGUGAGUGUAUGAGUCCAAAAUUGUCUCUUUUUAGUGUUUAUCUGAUAUCAGGUGAUUGUCACUAUUUUGGCUAUAAGAGUUUCCAAUCCAAUUCAGUUCAAUUACAUUCAAAAAUCUUUAUUUACCUUUUAAAGGGCAUUUUUGUAGCCUACCCAUAUAAACUUUGACUGGUUUUUAAUUGUUUCCAGUCCACCAGUGGGUGAGUUGUACAUCAACAUAAUAUAAGUCUGUAGCAUAAUGGAGCUAAGUUCACCUCAGCAGUUGAGUUGAGUUGUUCCAGUCUAGUGAGAAAGGGAUCACAGUGUCAACAGGCUCUCUGUGUCCCCUCAUCACAAAUUUCUUUCAGUCAGAAAAAAACAAAACAAGACAGUAGCUGAAACUGCAAUCCUCUAAUUUUUUAAGCCCCUCAGCUUACAUGAGCGAAAAAGAGUAGGAAGAAGUAUAAACUUGUCUAAUCCUACCCCCUCACAUUUUUCUUUACCUCCUAACUCAAAUCAUAGCACUGUCUUAAAUUAACCAAAAAGAAACCCAAUCAUACCAGUUUUAUCAUAUCAAUCUUUACAAAUGUAUUUAUCAUACCCUGCACAGUCUUUCCUCCAAAUAAUCAACAAGCAUCUUGUUGAGAUUAUUCAUCCAUGUACCUCAUAUUGUUCCUUGCCUUGUAAAGUAGUAGCUGUUUUGUGCUCCACCAAGUCAAAACAUUUUGGGUUUUAGAUUUAGAAAAAAAAUCAUUAGUGUGUUCCUGAAAUCCAACAUUAUGAGUUACUGUGAUUGGUAUCUUAUGUUUACUGCUGAUAAAAUUACAUGACUGAGCUGUUUUACAUUAUUUUGACCCACUUUUCGCACACUUUUUCACAAACUUGCUGGGCACCAUGUUCAGUCCUCUAGAAUGACAUCAUCAUAAGAUCUCACAUUGUGAGUCUUUUCUCUGAGACAUUUUGUGAGACAUCCAUUUUUCUGUCUAUUUUUUUUUUAUUUUCCGUGUUUAGGGGCAAUGGUGCAGAAAAAAAACUCAGAAUUCAAAUUAUUAUAAUAACUCAUUGUUUUCUGCAGCAGAAAAUUAUGGUUGCCAACAAAAACAAAAUUUCCAUCAGGAGAAAAUAGCUGCAAAUUAGACAAUGCAAAAUAAGAAACACAUCGAAAGGACCCCAGCAACUGCAGGAACAGAAACAACCUGCGAAUGUGGGUUUUUUUUUGCACAUUUUCAAGAGUUGUACCGCAGUGUCAUAAGUGAUGCAUGGCUCUCAAAAGCUUUGACAUCAAUCUCAGUGCCGAUCUCUCAGGGCCCUUUUUAAUCACUGCCAUGAAUCAGCUCUGUUUUAAGUCAAGCCUACAGCUAAACGAAGAAUCCUUUAUUAAGUUGUAACAAGUAAGUGCGGGUUCAAGCUUCGGGAUUCACUCCCUUCACCCCGAAUCGCUUAAUCUUCACGGCACGAUUUUCCAUGAUCUUACUGAGCAAAUUCAUGUCCAUCUGGGUAACAUUGUGCAGCUUUCAUUUACAGAGCAUCUUCCAUGACAAACAAUCAACAGCAUUACACAUGGUCAGCAAGCCAGCAUCAGACUCAUGCAGACUCACUGUUAAAAGGUUCAACAACCCACUCUCAGGAUCUCAGACGAUAAGGAUGGCACUCAGUGUGGCAGACACCCCACGCAAGUACACAAGCAGAGUGAAAGUGUGUAGGGUGGAGUGGUUGAAGAAAGGCCUUGCCGUCUUUACUUUUGUCUUUUUCUCAUUAAGUAAGUUGGUCCACUGAGCACACUGACAGUCCUAGAGUACCACGAUGAUGACUGCUUUUCCCUUGGUCUUUUGUUUUCUGGGUUUGUGGGUUUUUACUUCAGCAUUAUUCAUCUUGAUAUAUCGAUUUUGGCCUUUUUUCCGGUAAGCUUUUUCCUUUGCCCUUUGUAUUCUUCAUUCUUCCUCUCUGUUGCACUAAGUGUUUUCAGAUUUCUAAUGUUUCCAAAUCUGCAGCCUGUUUGUUAUUAUUUGAGCCAAUGCAAUAAAUUUGCCCCUGCAGGUCAGCUUGACGUCACUGAAUAGACAUGUUUCAGACCUCUGACACAGCUCUGUAUGAAUUUGUUGUUCCUUGUCAGUCCAUGUGUGUUGGGCGCAGUGUUGUGCUAGUUACUGAAAAAUAGUAACUAGUUACAGUUACUAGUUACUUUGUAAAAAAAGUAACUCAGAUAGUAACUCAGUUACUGAAACCAAAAAGUGAUAAGUUACUGAGAAAGUAACUAAUUAGUUACUGUGAAACGUUCUUUCAAUGCUUCCAAUACAAGAUGGAUUGACUGAGUUCCCCUCUAGCCGUCAUUUUAGUUCUGUACUGAUGCUGAAUAAAAAAAAAGCUUCAAUUCAUUUGCAUCCACAUCACUGAAUCGAAUCUGAAUAUGAUCCGUUGUGCACCAACACAAACUUUGACACGAACACCAAAAUUUUACCAUUGAACUCUUGGAAUAAUAGCCUUAUAUCGCUAAAAAAAGAUCCAAAUAGACAAUUAAACAUACCGUGCUAUUGUUUUAUCAAGUUGUGCCUGGCUACGGGUCUGUCUUUCAAACUCCAACUGCUGGUGCUUGGGUGGAGUGGGUGUGUGCUCGCUGCUGUGACUCUCAGUCACGGAUGCUGUGUUAACUACCUUAUCUGCUAACUUUGUCAAAGCAUGCCGCUUAUUUAGGUGCUUAGGUAGAUUGCUGUUGCUGUUGUUUGCUGAAUUUUUGGCGUGGGACACAGUUUACAUGUUACGGAAAUGUUGUUUUUCCCUUUGCUCUCGAGUUGAAAAUAAUGUGAGUAUCUCCAUGAGGAGAAACUUAUCUUACCCUUCUCGCUCGCCAUCAUGCUGUUCCCUGAUCUGUCCAGUCCUCUUCAUGGCGCAUGUUUGAUUACAAGUGUGACGCCAGAGGGUGAAAAGUGAUUUUGUUUUUCCAAUUCAACUCAACUUUAUUGAUCGCUACAAUGUUAUGGAAACUGUGUGCCGUUGUAAUACCUCACCAAAUCGGACAGAGUAACACAGCAUUUGGUAACGGAAACAGAGUUACUGAAUUAAAAAAAAACAAUGUGUUACAUUAUUAGUUACAGAAUAAAGUAACGGCGUUACGUAAUAGUGUGACUAAUAACGCGUUACGACUCAACACUGGUUGGGCAUAUUAGUAUUUGUGUAUGAAAGGAAAACAAAGUCAACGUUUCAAACUUCUUAAAAACAGUGACUGCUGAAGAAGAAUCUAACGGAGAUACUCUAUUAUGCUUUACCCACAUCUGUGAUACUUGUGCUUGGAGCAGUCUUAUAUUUGUUACAUAAGCUGAGCUGAAAAGAAGUCUGCACAUGCAUGUAUGUUAUUUAUUUUAAAAGGACUAAGGGCAUGGAUUCUAUCACCUGACAGCCUUCUACGCAGAGCUGAAAUCUUCCUCCUCUCUCCCAUAAACACAUUAUAUCCCACCGCUCUACUCCCCAAGCAAGAGGUGUGACUACUUACACAUUCCUAGCACCCCUCCCUCCACAAUAUCCUUCCCCGAACAACCCCUCAUCUCUGCAUCCACUUUUAAAGAAACCUCUUCUCCCUCUGAAGCAUGUUUACACAGGACAGAGUGUGUGCUUUUUCUCCCUCUCCUUCUCUUUCCAGAGCCUGUUCGAUGGACAGAUGGUUGCACUUCCUUUUAAGGAUUGAUUGUGAUAGCCUAUCACAUACUGUACAUGUGUAUAGAAUCUGUGUAGGAUUGUUUUGUAGCGCAGGCAGGAGGGGAGGAGGCAGAGGGUCAGGCCUGGAAUUAGCCUCACACGAAACGACAUUGUUUCUCUUAGCGUGGUGUUUCAUAGUUUGGAUUGCGGGAAUUGUUAGGAUCAAGCUGUCACGGUAAUAAGUUAAAUGCACAGGCCAGUGGUUUGUUUUGCUCCCUGUUCUACUCUGACACCCUCUGCUCAACUCAACUUCAUUUCAAUGACAGCAACUUAGCGUUUGUUUUAAAACGCAGGUAUGUAUUGGAGCUCAUCCAGGUUUAAAUUUACUGUGAGAAUGAGAGACAGGAUAACUUUCAGCAUUUUCCGUGCAGUCAUCCUCAAGAGGCUGCAGCUUUUUGCUCUGACAUAUUCCUGAGCCAUUCUUCCACUGCUUCUUUCUCUUCCUGCCUCUCUGUUUUUAUCCCCCAUCUCUUGCCUCCACAUACACACAUACUACACAGGCAUGUCUAAGUGUCUGAGAGUGCCAUGUCUAAAGAGUUCCAGCAUCUUGUUACUGAGGCUGUCAAAAGCACAGAGACCCACCGCAGAGGUGGGGAUGUGUGUGUGAAAUCCCUUGAGCCUCUUGCACUGGUCUCAAAGCAAAACAACAUCCUACUUCUUUUUCCACGUGGAGGUUUUUCUCCUCACACCUUGUUACUAUAAUACACCAGCUGAAGUCUAUAAAAGUGUGUUGAUACAACUUUUCAGAAAUGGCUCUACACAAACUGGUAAGAAUGCCAAGAUACGUUGUUUAUCAGUACAUCAAAAAUGUGAAAGUAUUAUGUAACACCAAAACCAGAACAACAUGUGUUAGCUUAUAAGCAUCACCACAAACAAGCUGGAGACUGGCAGGGAAAAUCCCAGGUAAAGCUGUUUGCUAAGAAAAAAAAAACUCUAUAUGCAAAUGUAGAGGACUUGAUUUGCAAAGAUAUAAGAAGUACAACUUCACAGUAGCUUUAACUUCUAGAAACUCACUCUUCACUUCCUACUACAAACUGCCUGACUCACCAGACCAACUUCCCUAUCUGUAUAUUUUGUGCUUUGCUUAUUCUUUGCUUCCUUUGCAAAGACAGAUAAUUUCCAAUCCUGCUAAAAGGUUUUUGCAACUUUACUUUGAGAUUAAUUUGGUCAUUUUUUUUAAAAAGAAAGAGGCCUCCAUUUUCAUGUGAGAACAGUCUUUUUUGAAGAUAUUUUUAUACUGCCUAUAUCUAAAAAUAUGUUCCUGAUUCAGCUUUUUAUGACAAUGAAAUAUGACUCAGGGAAGAUCUGGGAGGGAUCAUUGUCUUGGUUAAAUAUUGAAGCAGACCUAAGCAUUACACGGGACAUGGGCCCUGGUAUGUAGUCCCACAUUACUGCUGAAUACCUGCGGAAAUUCAUUGCAAGAGAUGAGUGCUUUUUUGCUUAGUAUGCAGAUUGAGACAGAAUUAUUGUAUAUGCAGAUAAUAUUCAAUUUUAUAGGUAUAAUUGUAACUCUUUUUUUUUAAGAUAAAAGGUCAGCACAUUGUAGUUAACAAUUUGCAUUUACUGUAAUUUCAACUCCUCAUUGAUAUAACCAAGAUCUACAUAACUGCCAGGAUUUGCUUGAUCCCAUCCUUGGCACUCUGCAUAACCUCUCACACUGAUUAUUAUUCAUCUCUCUCACAUAGUUAUUUCAUCAGGCCAUGCUCCCGUCAAACUGCCCUCUGUUUAUGGCUGCUGGUGCCAGUGCAGCAGGACUCAGACACUCUGCUGUAGUAAUCUGGAUUGCAGCUAAAGAGACACCUCAAUAAAAGCAGAUCUCCUGACUGCCCACGGUCAUAAAGGAGAAUAAACAAGGUUAGGCAGAAUAAUUAUGCUGAGCUGCUUCCUGGUAUUAAGGUACUUACAGGAGUUCUUGCAUUACACAGACACAAGACCUGUUUUUCCCUCCAGACAGAAGAGUUUACACACUUUGUAUUUACAUUUUCCACCUGCAGAGCAAGAUUCAACACUUGAUAGCUUUGAGAUUUCUGUACAGAAGCCUCAAAUAAACACAGAGAAAGCCAGUAACUACAUACAUGCUAGAAGAUUUGUUCUUUUUUACAGUAGAUAAAACCACGUUUAUCUUGACAACAGUCCAAAAGAGUGGUAAAUUGAAUAAUUAUUUAUUAUAUAACAUUUAUGUAAACAGUGUUAUCUGGGCUGGCUUCCAGAGAAGUGUGAACAUAUAUAACAAGUAAACAAAGAAAUUCACAGCACUUUAUCAGGACUGCAAUUUGACCUACUUCCACACCUGGCCUGAAAUGUGUAUUUUCAUGGACUUCUUAGCAGUGUGCACUGUGGCUCUGUUUGAUAGUCUGUUAGUCCACUGCUUUAGACCCAGACUGAGUAGGCUACUUCAAAAACAAACAAUAUUCAGUAAAAUGUAGUAAAGCGAUUUUUUUUUCCUGGAUUGUCAUAAAGGGAAGUGGAAGAUAUUUGUUUUCCUGAUUUUUCAUCUUGUGUCUAUAUCAGGUCAGAGGUUUCACUUAUCAGCAUUUAACUGCAACAAUAGUAUAUACAUUCAAGGUCUCCAGAUGUUGUUUAUUAAUGAUUUUAAUGAUCAAGUUAAGCUUUUCUUGAGCAUAGGCAUGAAGUCAUUGUUUUUCUGUGAAAUAAUUACAUUAAAUAUUUAACAAAGGAGUUGGUACAGAUAUUAAUGUUAAUGGGCUAAUUUAGCUAGGAGCUAACCGGCGCUCACCUGGCGUCGUCAUACAAUGUAACUAGCUUUGUUUGACUUCAUAUCCUCAAUAUUACUGAGUAACUGAAUAUUACAAAAUGUUUGUGUACCAAAGCUACAAACAUAAUUGUAUAACAUAUUUAAAAACCCACAUGACCUUUAUUGAGAAAUUUUAUUUGAUGGAUGCUAACUAUGCUAAAGAAUACACAUCUAAAUGUGGCUUCAGGUACCGGUACCUCUCAGUCAGAGGCACAGCUAGUUGACAUUCAGCUAUAAAUCCAAAAUGUAUGUGUUAGCUACAGAGCUAAACUAGUUCUGCAGUUACUUUAACAUUAUACACCUCUUGCCGUUAAAGCCAUGCUAAGAGUAGAUUCCGUUUUUUGUUGAGUUAAAUGAAGCUUAACUUGCGGUAGAGAGCUCUUGGUCUUACUGACUUUUCCCUGUUUGCAGAUGGAUUACGCUUUUUCAGCCACUUUCGUUUUUACUGAUAGAAGGACACGAGCAACACUUCUAGAUGCUUCUGUAUUGGCAGGCUGCUCACCAUUGUUUUGCUCUUUGCAAUAUUGUCCAUAGAUACAGCUGUGAUGUGUGUCAGCUUGCCAAUACAAUCCACUAGAGCUGAGAGCUUUUCCUGCUCCAAACAAGCUUCUGCUCAUUUGUGCCAUCUAUCACUUGUAGCUAUAAUAAUCCCUGUAUUGGCUGAAAGUGAAAUGUUACACCACUAAAAUACUUGAAAGUGAAGAAAAGAGAAGGUGAAUUUUAACAUUAACUUAGCCCCCACUUUUCUGUGAUCAUGUAUAUUCUUCUGAUACAGUGCAAUUCAUCUGUUUUCACUCAUGUUUUUCUCUUGGGAUGAAAGCGUGAGUAAGUAAGUGCUUUAUUUUAUCAUGCCCAAGUAGUACAUGUCUUAACCAUUAAACACUGCUGUUGUUGUACUGGAGAUGGUAAUUUCAUGUUAUAGAUUCUGUAUAUGUAAACUGAACUAAAGACCUUUAUUUGACCUUCAGUAACAUUUAAGUCAUUUGAGGCUGACUCAGAGCAUAAAUCAUGUUGUUUUUGUCUAAGUUGCUGAAGCAAAAUAAAUCUAAAAUUGGUCACACCAUUUGCUCACAUCAGCAGCAAAAACAAACAAAUUAGCUGUCAUUUAUUUAGUGAUGGCUGGUCCAAAAUCCCCUUUCUGACGGCGAAAAUUGUGUUCAAUUUAAUGCAAAUGGAAUCAUUUAAUGUGACAAUGGCGAACAGAGGAGUAGACAUGUUUUGUCUUUGGUUUUUGUAGCUGCAUUGUCACUUUUUGUACUCAUUAGUCUGCUUCUAUCAGUCAGUGGACUGUCAUUAUUUCCUUUUUCAUUUACAAAUGUAAUGAGUUGAUAUAAUUCACCAAGACAUGAUGUAGUAGUGCAGUGCAAUAAAUUCUAAAAUGUUUUCUUAUCAGUUUAGCUAAUCUCUUCAAUUAAUCCUCCAAUUUUUCACUUCUUUCUUUAUAAUCUCAUGUGCUAAUUGUGAUAACUGACUGAUUGCUUAUUGUUAUCUGCAUUUCAUGUACUUCAACGUGGAUAGUAACACGUCCUUCAAUAGUACCAAGGACCUAUGUGAACCUUAAUGUGGUCAUACCUGGUUCUUGACCCCUGCACAAAGUAAUUGUGACAUGUCUGACAUGUCCAUGGGAAAUUAUGCAAAUUUUUAAUAUUUCUACCCCAUGGACUGUGUUUACACUACAACAAACAUUUAAAUUGGGAGGCAGCUGUAGGGAUCAACAACUCUGAAAAUCAGGCACGAUGAUAGCAGAUGGAGAUGUUCCCCACUUAAAUGCCACGUUAGACUUGGGAACAAAUUGAAUAUGUUCAGGCAAAUGUUCUUCGCUUACUCACUGGUAUUACUAGACAUAUGAUGCCUGCAAUCAAGGAGACAUGGGUGAUGGCUCAGAGGCUCUUUGCAUGAAAUAGGGGCUUGAACAACAAAUAUGUAUCAUAAGAACCACCUUAGUUUGGUUUGAAUCAUAUUUGUCGGAUCAUUAUUAGUUUGUACAUGGUAAAUUCUUCAAUGAAAACCAAGGUCAGCUAUGGGGUUCCACAGGGUUCAAUGCUAGGACCAAUCCUUUUCAUCCUUAGAAAUCAGGCUAUGAAUUUUCAUUACUAUGCAGAUGACACUAUAUUAUACAUAUCACAGAAGCAUGGAGAAACCGAUAGAUUAACUUCACUUGAAUGAUGCCUUAAAGACAUUGAAACUUUCUGCUUCUCAAUUCUGACAAAACUGCUAUUGUUCUGGCAUUUUAUAAUGAUAUAAAUACAGUAGACGGCAUCAGUCUGGCAUUCAGCACCACUGUUAGGAAUGUGGGAGUUCUUUAUGACUUGUUUCUAAGCUUUGACUCCCAUAUUCAACAGAUCUCUCGAGCCGCUUUUUUCCAGCUAUGUAACAUAGCAAAAAGUGGACACAUUCUGUCUCUGAGUGACAUAGGAAAACGAAUGCAUGCAUUUUUCACCUCUAGAUUGGAUUUCUGUAACUCCCUUUCAUCAGGCUGCCCUCACAAGUCUUUAAAGACUCUUAAGCCGGUCCAUAAAGCUGCAGCUGAAGAACUGACCAGAACCAGAAGAGAGCACAUCUCCCCUGUAUUAGCUCCUCUUCUCUGGCCUCACAUUAAAUACUUCUUCUGACCUACAAAGCUCCUCAUAGCCAGGCAUCAUCUCAAAGGGUAAAGAGUAACCCCACCAGAGCACUGCGGUCCCAAUAUGCAAGCCUGUUCAUUGUACCUGAAGUCUUAAAACAUUUUAUUAAGAAUCCUAUAAGUAAACCAUUCUCUUAAACAAAUUUCUUCAACAGAAGUCUAUUUCAAUCUAGACCAAGAAGGAUAGAUUUCCCACAAUUAGAAAACAACAUCAAUGAAAUCUUUGGUGUAAAAUCAGGUUAUUGAAUAUACAAAUUUCAGUCAAUCAAUCUUGAAUUAUGUAGCAACAGCUCACAACAAGCGUUAUCUCAAAUUGCUUUACAAAAAGAGUAGAUCUAGAUAGCCUGUAUUCUUUGUUUUACUUUCAAACAAAGACCCAACUUCAAGUUCAGAUAAGAUUGAGUGUCAUCUAGUAAGUCAAGAUUUACUUUUAUCUAAAAUAAAAAAAUCUGGUUUGGCAUACAGUUUACAUUUUUUACCGACACAAACUUUGAAACAGGAUAGUUUCCUAUGAAGCUGCUGUAGUGCCAGUUCCAGGUCACAACUCUUCUCAGCCUUGAAUUGCGGUCAGAUGUAAACCUAAUGGUGAAGAUGCUCAGGUUGUAAACACUCAAACCAAAGUAAGCUAAAUAAUCUCCAACUAUGAGAACCUCUUGGCAGGCCGGGCUGCAGCAGCUGGCUCUGCCUCCUCUAGCUUCUCUUCAAACUGCUUUUAAAGUUUGAGGACCAUCAUCUUCCUCCAUCAUCAGACACAGCUCUUAUUUUGACAUCUUGGCCAACAAGUCAUCUUUGCUUUUGUCAUGUUUCUCACUGACACAGACUCUGAUAGUGUCUGUCUGCAGGUCUCACAGCCUUUGUUUGGAGGAGGUGCUGUUAAAGCUUCACACAAUAACACAGAGGCUUAAGAUCAGCCUGGAAAUCUGUGAACUUUAAGAGUCGACUUAGAGCACCGCUCGUGGACUCCAGCAGGGUUGUGUCCUGCCAAGUAGGCACUAAAUGUUUGUUCCUGUCAGCAGUAAGUACCUGACAGAUGGCCUUGUGCUGUUUCACAGCCCUUGUCACCAUCUUCUGGCAGCAAACCCCAUCAUCAGCAGCUUGUGAUAGAUUUAGUUUAUCCUGUGCAACCACAGUCCCCUUUCCCUUUUUUUGAGUCAAGGCAAGCUCUUAGAAAGUAUCUUUCUAACUUUCCCUCUUAAAGAAAAAUAAAUUCAAAGCAAUUAUUUAGGAUUAUAUUUAUGAUCAACAUAUCUACUUUGUGUAUUCUCUAUGUAUCUAAAUCUGCUUUCAUCUAGGUUUAAAAGACCAUACAAACAUAAAAAGAAGGCAAUCUGUUGACAUUAGAAGCUGAAUUAUCCAUUGUCUUACUGCAGGAUCAUCAGCAUCUGGUGAUGCUGCUUUAAUUCAAUUAAGGUUAUGAAAUCAGGCCUCUGCUUGACACUAGUCGUGAGACAAUGUUGUAGUGAAGAGCUUUCAGGAUCAUUGUUUUAAAUUAGAAUAACAAAGAUGUGCAUAGCUCAUUAAAUGUAUGCUUCAUGUUCGGAGGAAACAUUUCCGCCAUCUGGUCCUGAAAAAAAAAAUGCUUAAAAGACAUUUAUGACUCAACAAAAUGAACUGUGAGAGUGGCUCUGAUGUUUCACUGUACAACAUGUCAGAGCUGGUGGUGGUGGGAAAAUACUAAACGGCUGGAAGAAUCUCAUCUACCUUCCUGUGCACUGUGCACAGCUGGAGAAUGUAUAAUGUAUGAAAAAACAAAAAAGUUCUCAGACAGCAGGAUUUCACAAGACUUAGGCUAAGACAAAGUAUAAGCAUCAUGAAGAACUCAGUCUUCACUUCGCUGCAGAGCAACAAAACCCCUGCGAAAGAGAACAAAACCCAAACUUAGGUUUUUGCUUUGCUAACAGUCAGACCAUUUUAGGGCGAUGUGUGACACAUGCUGCAUGUGCUAUUGAGAAGUUUAAGGAGGCACCUGUUUACCUAUAAGAAAUGGUUUCCUCCACAUUGUUUAUAAAGUUCAAAGGUAUGAUUGUCAACACAACUUACAUUUUCUGCUUUACAGGCAUAGAUAUAACCUCUGCCAGGUAUCAGAAUUUGCUACCAUGCCUGGCGUUGCAUUGUAUCUACUGAGGUUACUGUUUCUACUGGCGGCUGAAAUCUUUGGUCUUCUACCACAGAAAAAUGUCAACUCUUCUCCUGGCAUCAAAUGCUGUCAGUGAUUUUGUCACUUAUUGCUUUAGCUUUGGGUUGUCCCUUUGAAAAUGUCUACUUUCAAAUGCCCGUUAACAACAGCUCUACAUAUCUCAUAUUUCUUCAAUACAUCCUUGGUAGGAUGAUGAUUAUUUAGGUGACGUAUGAUAUUUGCUGAAGCACAUCUUUUGUGCUUUUGUUGCUGUCAUGCUGUCCUUCUUUAAAAAAGUGAAAAACAUACCCCCACUGACUGUGCUUAACUGUGUGGGCUCUCAGAUAUGUGAAAAAUCUUUUUAUCACUGUUUUUAUUGGAUGAAAUUGUGUUGUCAAAAUAAUAGGCAUUGGUUAAAAAAUCCCUUUGUUCAUCCAUAGACUAUAGAAGUGGAAGGUUCUUGUUGUUAAAAAGAAAAUAAGCAGUUUCAGAUGGAUUAAGUGGUUUCCUUCAAGGCUUUUCCAUCUACUUUAAUUUUUUUGGCAGUAAAGCUGCAUAGCUCAGUAGAGAGAAACCAAGGACUGUUCAGCACAGUGUGUUGUGGUACUGUUGGCUGAUAACAUUUCACCCUGAAACACGCACCCUCAACACCUUUAUCUAGAGGUUAUUUAGAUAUGACCCUAAUUAGACGUGCUUUGUCUUUGGGUGUGAUCCUAUAGCACUGAAUGCCACAUCAGUCAGCUCUAAGCUUUUACUGGGAUGAUCUGGUUUCACUAAAUUAACUGUCUUAAUUAGAUUAAAACAAAGGUUUGUUUUCACACAUGGUCAGUUAUCAGCUGUUCCUCUCCCCUGCACAUACUGUCCUCCUGCCGUACUUGCAGCAAUCUGCACACUGUCAGACAAUGAAACCUUGAACAGAUGAUGAUUGCAAUCACAAAGCCAUUCCUUCAGCUGUUGGUUUGUCUAAAUAUGUGCAUCCGUGUCUGCAUUGCUCUUUUGGAGUCUGAAAACGGUUUCAUCUGCCAAAUCUACAGACGCUUCAAUUGUUAAUCACAUUCUCACAGCCUCUUUUGCAGCCUUACGAGACUGCUUAUUAGUUUGUGUUUGUGGCUGUGUGAUAUUGUGGUCUUUUGCUGUUUAUGCCAGAGUCAUUUUUUUCGAUAAUGCCUUAUUGUGGUAAACUGCUUUAAUACCUGUCUGCCUCAAGAUGUGUUUUGCAUUUGGCUCUGGUAGAAAGUGCACUUUACAUAAGGCACCCUAUGAGCAGUGGAAAACCAGAUCAUUUCUACUUUUCUAUUUUCUUUUACAACACAGAAAACUUCAUAUCGUAAACCCUAUAUAUAAUACUUGUAGUGUAGUAUAUUUUCACUGAAGGUAUGAUGUGACACACAAAAGGGAAAGUAACCGUACUGCAGAAUUUUGGGCUUCUUGCUGGACAUCGUCUCUCAGCUCUGCUAGAUCAGUUACUGGAAAUAGAACAGAAAUUGUUAUGCAUUAGGCCCCGAAUCAUUAAAAUGGCAGCUUUGGCUUAACUUGGAUUGUGCUGUCCAACCCUGCUGGCACAAAUGCCUCCAAAUGUCAGUGAACAUGUUGUGUUGCAACACAGUAAACGAGUAUUGAUCCCUCUUUGUAUCUGAAACCAUCACACCUACGUGCCUGGGAGUCAGGCUUAAGAUAUAGAGAUCAAAAUGGUCUAUAGAGGAUGUGGAGAUGGACACUGCAAUGAAAAGCAGCUGGUUGUUAGAGAUCGAACUAGGCCACCCAUGUAGGGAAAGGAUGUUGUCAUACAGCUUUUAUUCGAAAAAAGGCUUAAUCGUUUCAAUUAUGGGGGAAAACAAACAAAACUAAGCAAACAAACAAACAAACAAAAAAAAAAACCCUGUCCCUGUCGUGCAGCCAGUUUCUGCUCUCAGGGGACUUCACAUGUAGAUUUAUGGUCAUUAAGAGAUGAAGUCUAAUGCUGCAACAAGGCUUAGCUGUUUCCUGUGUGCUGUAAAUAUUUUUUCUGUGCUGUAAGUCAAUCCUGUGCCGGAAAAUUGAGUCAUGAAUAAACAGCACGCAUAUAAUGACAUAUAUACCAUAUACAUAUACAGUAUGUGUGAUAGCACACACAACAAGACAACCAUCAUUUUCUUCAAUCUGUGUUGUUGACAUUAUUCUGACAUUUUGUUGUCAGCUGUCUUUGAACUACAGAUUCCAGCUGGAGGACUUUUCGAUUCAUCUUCUCCCACAUUGAGUUCUAGAUUCUCAAAGGGACAGUGAAACUUGUAUUUGAUGUGGAUCAAGUCGAGAUAUGUUCCCCAGACAGGAAAUCCAAACAGUACUCUUGUUUGUCUGAUUUGAAUUUCAUUAUUUGAUUCUUUUAAUUUCACUUUCUCUCCACUCACCCAGUGUUUAUAACCAGUCAAGGUAGCAGAUUAAAGUCUGAUUCCCUUUCUGUGAAAGCUCUUAUCGCAAGAACAUUUGGCUCUUAUAGGCAGAUGAAAACAUGUUUAGCACUUCCUAGCGACACGUUUUUCUCUCACGUGCAAGGUAAAAUGUGCUCUUUAAAAAAACAGAAGUAAGCUUUCUUUAGUGGGAGACUUUUGGGUUUGGGUUGUGCAGACACUGUUGUUACAAAUUCACAUCUGGUGUCUCGGUUAUUUUUGCAUAGCUGUACUGUAGGUAAAGAUAGAAGUGCAUGAUCAUGAAACCUAAGCGUGCAUAUAGUAUAUGUAUGAAUGCAGGGAUAUGUGCCUAAAGUAAAGACAGCAGGGAGCCUCCUGAUAUAAGUAGAAGCAGUGUGCGGCACACUCGGUGUCACAAACUGCUGAGUUGCUUCGAGCUGGGGUUCUUUACAAGCUCUGUGGGAGGUCUGAGAUCCUCUAAGAACACAGGUGCACUGAAACACCUUUGCCUGUGGGGUGGAAUAAUGUUGUGUGAAACUGCUGUUUCUCUGGGGCUGCUCUUGUCAUGCUCGCUUGUGUUUGUCAGCCAAAGUCGUGGUGAAUAUGUUUGUGGAAAUGAUAUUAAGAUUUUUGUGAUUUUCAUCCAUGGUAACAGGUCAUUGUUUGUUCCUUUCACAUGAACCGACUCUGGUUAGUGACAAGUUAAAACAGAUUGUUGUCAUUAACCCUCAGGGUAGAGCUCUGUAUCCGUGAAUUUUAUUAUAAAAGGGAAGCCUAGGUCUUAUGCUGCACUGAGUACUUUCAGGCACAGUUGAUAAGGAUAAAUCAAUCAGUUUAAUGUCAUGUUUGAAACUACACAGUUACUUAACAGAGAGACACAUCUUUAGCAAUACAUAUUAACAUCAAUCUGAGUAAAGGAAGUAGAGCACACAUGCGAACGUUUUACAUUUUUGUGUGUAAAUAUGUAAAUAUACACUGGGCUCCAUCCAUGUCAGCAUGAUUACAUGUUCUUCAUAAUUUCCUUAAGUAUGACAUUAACUUGAAACGUGUGUUUUUAUCUUUGUUUCUCACUUGACUUUAUUUGUUGUUAGCCGUCUUCUAUGUCAAUACAGACACAGAUACCAAGUUUACAUGCAAAUGAACCCCCUUCAGUAAUUAGUAAUGAUUGCACAGCAUAACUUGGAUUGAAUAGCACAUGCUGCUUUACAAAAUGGCAGUGCCUAAUGCUAUCAUCCAAUUAUCAGAAGCCGCUUUGACAAAAACAGCAGGAUGUUGUGUUUGUUGUUUGUCAUGAAGUGAUCUCCAAUCAAAUAGCAAACAGCGCCUCAUACUAUGGGAUCAUGCUUAAAUUAGCUCUCCGAGUGGGAUUUUCUCUGUUUCACCAUCAGGUUUUGCAUUUUCAGCCUUCUGUGCCCAGAACCUGGCAUCAGUUUUACAUUUUCUUUGGUGAAUUCUUCAAUCAGAGAUCCAGUCUGAUUACAUGUUUACAAAAUGAUGCCAAUAUUGAUGCCAAUAUUCAGACAAGAGGAGGAUAGGAAGACUCAAAGGUCUGAGAAAGCUUUUUCAAUUCGAUUAUCUCGAAUUUUUUUUGUCCUCCAAGAAUAGAGGACAAAAAUGAGAUGAUCAAAUCUAUUCUCCCUCAGUAACUUUCUAAUGAUUUUUUUCAGUGCAUAAACCUGUUUUUUUUUCCUUUUCAUGGUCAUUUCUUAGAAAAUCAAUCAACAAAGUUUAAGCAGUGUAACUUCAAAACAUGUCACAAGAAAAAUAUCAAACUGACAGAAAGACUAAAGCCAGAGGUGACACCUUCAACAGAGCAUAAUUUUAAACAAACCAUCAAGCCCCCACCCCCAGCCCCCACUGCAAAUCUGACAGGUGAAAUUCACUCAUGUCCAAGGCUUGAUGUUAUUCAAGGUGCAGCCCCUACACUUGUAAUAUGUAAAUGACAUGGCUUGCAAUUUGUUUGGUGUCGUAGGAACAAGUGUCUGCUGUCAUCGGCUCUCACUGAAGGUGUCAGCUGUCUAGCCUUGCUGAUUCAAACGUCAAGUUGUGAUUUUUUUUUUUUGACUAGCAAUGCAUUCGCCAUGAGUGUACAGAUGGUCUACAGAUUGAGUUAUGAGAGAUUGUUUAACAGAAUAGAAAAAUGACAGUCAUCUUUGCCUCCUCAGAUACCGUGCUUUGUAGGAAAAAAAAGGCUUCUAGCCUCACCUACUGGAUAAGGAAAGGAAUGUCAAGAUUGUUACUCAUGUGUAUUUUCUCUGUUUCUCUUUCUCCAUCUCUCUUUCCCUUCCCCUCUUUUUCCCCCUUUGUGCCAAGUCUCCUCUCCCUCCUCCUCGCUGUUCUUUCCUUUUCUGCCUUUCUGUCCUCACUGUAGAAUAUGCCAGGACAUAACAAUGAGCUCAAACAGUUCAGACCCUGGUCUCUUCCUGACUGCAAACACCUCAACCCCAGCAGCCGGAGCCUACCCACAACCCAAUGCUCUCCACCAAGGAGAAACUGGAGGGGGUCCCAGGAUGGUUUUCCAUGUGAACUUCUCUUCCACCAGCAAACUCUUAAAUGA